UAUGCAAAAUAUGCAGACACUGAUCCCCACACAGAUUCUGACUCAGGGGAGGGUGGACAGGGUUAUAUAAACAAGUGGAGGACAGAUAGGAAACGGACAGACUGAUGGAUGUGAUCUGCAGUGAUACCACUUUGGGAUUACAGCAAUUUUCUACGUCAACAGAGGAGAAGUGAAUCGAAAGGAGGACAAACUUGCAGGACUAACUAGCGGCCACCGGAGGAUUGAAGGGAGGGGAUAGAGGAAGGAGGAAGAAAGGAUAAACUAAACACAAUCUGAGGAGAUCAAUUUGAACAACUGAAUUGCCUUUGUUUCGUCAGCCUGCUGCAAGGCUUCAGACUUGAGUUACCGUCGUACACCAACACAGAGUAAUUUUCUCAGCGUCAGGCAGUUGACCGGUGAAGACUGCGCCGUAGGGGAGAUUGGCGAUGAUCCGCUUUGGGCUUUGCCAGAAGUGUCAGGGCCUUCACCGUUAGAGCUCAUUGUGCUUGCAGUGCAACAGAGAGUGAGUGCAGUGUGUAGUAAUCUGCGGAUGACACCCGCGCUUUAUUCCAUCAGAUAGUGCUCAGUGAGGUGUGGUGCGGCUCGUCACGCUGUGUCUCUGCACUAGAAACACAUCCGUACAUAUUAAACACACAUACAAACGCACAAGAGCUGCACAGAAGCCGAUGAUGCAUUAGGUCCUGACAAUCAGCAGAAGUCUGCCUGGACGUGAGACACAGCAGGAUUGUGGAUCUGUGUGUAUGAGCCAGUGUGUAUGUGGAGGGAGACCAGGCGCUGACUGCACCCAGUGGAGCAUGUUGAAAAGGAAGAGUUAGGCUGGUCGAUGCUGGGCGAUUAUACUGUCUGAUAGCCUGUGAUUAUUCUGUAGAGUCUAAAAUUACCAUGUAAAAUCACUGUCCAUUUACACAACAGCGUAUACAUGAUAGCGUAUCAGAGGAGAGCUAGCAUCCAAGCGGAUAAUGCUGUCUACCUUGUGGGAAUAAUGUCCAAGUCUCAAAGGUAAAAAAAGACGGCCAAAAAGUCUAAUCUGGAAACUCUGGCUGCAGACUGCUCAGGCCCUUACAAGUUGGUCAUUCUACGCAGGGCAAGCACUUCCACUUUCUGUCUUUAUAGAGCCCCACUCAGGCUCAAUGGAUUUUAUUUAACCUUGGCUAUCUCCCGAUGAGUUGCAAGAUAGUGUCUUCACCUCUCCAGAGACCUGGCCGGUUCAGUUAUAGCUCAAGGGAACAUUGACUCAUGCCUGCCGAUUUGCAGGGUGAUGAGUGCAGAAAACCUUGUUUGACUCAUUAAAAUACAAUCUGUAUUAAAAGAGAAUUGUUGCCCUAGAUUUAGAUUUCCUCGAGGGCGUAGAAAUGUAGGUAGAUCUAUUUUAAAGUCAGCUUUCAGUCAACAUCAGUAGAUACAAGCUUCACUUGCUUAUGAGGACAGUUUCCCAGUGUGCAUUUGACUGAAAUAUCGUAUUAUUGAUGUCCGCUGGUCCUUGGAGUGGUGCGGAUUGACCUACAGGAAACAAGAAGUCUGUUGUUGUGGUUGAUUGUGUGGCUGAUUGUUAGGGCGCCUGGUGCUCAGGGCUAGCUUAGCCUUAAGUUUGACACUGCUGCGUGCAGCGGGUUAUUAGCUAAUUAAGUUGACCCUAGUUUGGCUAAUUACACAACUGCAUUUGCUGGAAAGCUUUGCUGACAAAGAACACAACAUCGCAGGUCAUCACUGGUCACUUUUGCUAUUGGUUUUUCUGGUUUAUUGAUCCGAGAAGCUCGGGCUUUUGGUCUCAGGAGGCUUGCAGCACAGUGGUAGAAAAUAGCUAGCCUAGCUGUGUCGGCUUUGUUGUUGUUGUGCUUAGCUGGGACUGGGCUCCUGUACUCCUUUGUGGCAGCGAGGUCUUAACACUGUAUGGAUUUAAGACAACACAAUUUGUUAGUUUUCUCUAAACCGCACAGGGUUUAGAAGUCAAAACUUGAAUUUUUUGUAGCCCAGAGCUAAUCUCAGCUAGCUUUUAAAGCAUCUUGAGCUCUGGCCAAACUUCUGUGCAUUGCGUGCGAGUUGUGGCAGUGAUUCAGCCCUGUGUAAUAUAGCAGCAGCAGUUUCUGAUGCAGUGUAGCACAUAAGUGUCCUUUCUUGAACAGUUGUCCUCAGACAACAACUUCUGUCUGAUUGCACAGAGCCAAAGCUGGGCAGUUAAUGUGCGCACGUGUCUGCAGCAUUGCAGCACAGAGGAACAAAUCAGAGCGUGUGUGUGUUUGUGUGUUGGCUACUUCUUUUUUUUUUUUGCGGUAGCAGUGCAAGCAGGGUCACAGAGACGCCAUUGAUCAAGUGUGCACAUCUAAACAUACACAAAUAUACACACUCACACUGCUUCUCAAUACACAAUGAGGCCUGUCCGGAGCUGUGUCCUCUGCCACCUCCUCCCUGCUCCCUUCUCUCUGGCCCUGCGCAGCCUGGUCCUGGUCCUACUCUGCAUCACCCGUAAGUCAUGCACGCUUGGGCACCCACAUGUAUAUACACUCGCAUAUACAGAUUAAAUGAGACGUGUAAUAUCGAUUCCAGGGGGAAACCUAGGUGUCGAUGUCGGGGAAACAAGGCUUUUAAUGUUCGCAUGUACUCUCCUCGUUUUGUAUUACAGCAAAUGUGCAGCUGGAGACUUUCUGUUUACUUUUUUAUAGUGCUGCCUUUAGGUUGACCUCUAAAUGUUGUAAUGUGAUGCCUUUGCAGAAACACAGAUUUAAAUAAUAUUAUCAGAUACCACUGAGGAUUCGGUGCUCGGCUUAUGAAGGAAAGCUCGGAGAGGAAUCAUGAAGCAUUGGAUGGAUUUCUGAAUCUGCUGGUAAUUGAGUCAGAAUCAAUAAUUAAGAUUAAUACUACAGAGAGUUUGAAGACGGGAACAUAUGCCCUGGGGGUGAAAGUACCAAUGAAUGGGUGGAUGGACUGAUAGAUUCAACAAGGAGAAUAAAGACAUGCAGUUAUAAAGGUGUCUGAAACCUUUUCUGUGAGUUUUUCCUCAAAGAAACAAAUAAAAGAAAGUCAAACCCCAGAGUGGGGGAGAUGCAGCCAGCUGAAAAAAGAGGCUGAUGAACAGAACGGGAAUUAAGGGGGAAAAAAGUGCAGCGCAAGACAUCGAUAUAUACAGAGACUAUCUGACGAAAGGGGAGAGGAAAAAAAGGACCUGGCCAGACAGAAACUUGUACUGUAGAUGUGUGAGGUAGGGGAUGAGAAAGAGCAAGACAGAGAUGGAGAACAACGCAGCCUGUGUGUGUGUGAGACAGAGAGAGAGAGAGAUGUAGGGGAGGGGUACAGGGAUAAAACAAGAGACAAGGCCUCAAAAAGAGCUGCAUGAGGUCGAGAUGUGAAACCAAGAAUCAUAAGACUGAUUGAACGCGAUGCAGAGGUGGCGAGAGAAAGCGGAACAUGAGGUGCAGUGGGAUCAGCGGCGGAGUUGCUGGCGUCUAUAAAUACCUCCUGUCAUUAUUAUAAUGCGUUUAAUACAUGGAGAUGUUCUUUCCCUGCUGCUCAUUGGUAAACAAAUAUUGCGCCGCUGUGCACAGUACCUUCUCUCUCUCUCUCUCUGUCACUUUACUUCUUUUUUUUCCUGCGUAUCAGCUCAACAGAAGGACAUUGUGUUUGGUAGUGUGAGGGGGAUUCUGGGUAGUGGGGGGGAAACAAUGGGGGAGUGAGGGAUGCAGAGGAAGAAUGAGUUUGUGUCUUGGCAGUCAGUGUGGUUAUGUAAUCCAUGCCAGUAGGGCAGUUUUGUUUCGGGCCUUGAAUUUGUACACAAAUACACUCUCUUGUACACAUUUAGCACCAUUUCAAGCAAGCGUGCGCUUUCUCUUUUUUUACAUUCCCUCCAUCCCACAUAAACAGCGUUGCACAAACACACAGCGCAGCUACACAGCAAAGGGAAGGCAGCCAUGUGGUGGAUUUUGAAGGGGUGUUAAAACCAGUGCUUUUGGCUGUGGUGAAUCUCCAGUGUGAUAGCCGUCGCUGUAAUAGCCCUGUAAAUUUCCUUUAAGCCGCUGUCGGGGUGUGCACGCGGCGGCUGUUGUCGCAGGGUUGUUGGGUCUGUGACAGACCCGAGCUAUAAAACGCUGCACAGUAGAUACAGCUAACCAGCUGUAAGAGCGAGGAAGAGAGAGGGGAGACAGGGGGAGAAGUGAGAGGAGGGUGAAGGUUUGUGAAGGGUAGGAUGAGGUGGACGAGGGAGCGGGAAGAGUGAUGGGAUGAGGAAGAGGGAUCAGGGACGUGAAAUGCAGUGGGAGAGGGAAGGAAAAGAGGAUGACGAGGUGAUUGAAGUACUCUUAAGGGAUGGGGGGACAUAAAGAUAGGAAGGUCGGACAAAAGGAGAGGAGGGGAAAAAAGAGAUAAAGCAAGUGAGAGAAGAAGAGACGUCAAUGUCAAAGGUAGCGGCUGGGCAGCAGAGUCAGGGAGUGAAAUGUAUAAAUCAAAGAAAGUAAAUGUUUCUAAUGAGAGGUCAAGAACGGAGAGAGUUUUUGUGCUGAUUUAGCUGAUUAACACCGCAGUGCUUACUCUACACCAGUGGAUGAUGGAGAGAGAGAGAGAGUUUUAAGGCCCAUGCCAAAGAAUGAGAGAUUAAGAAGGAAUGAAAAGAGGGGGAUAGAAAGUGAAAUGAGGGCUCAGCUACAUGGGAGUAGCAAUUAAAAGGAGCAAAAGUUAGACAAGAAGAUGAAAGAGGGAGGAAAAAAACGGAGAUAUUGAGUAUCCUGCUCUGCUCAUUUGUUUUGUCCCCUUGUCCCAUUCACUCUCACUCUUUCUCUCCCCCUCUCGCCUUGCUCCCUCUCUUCCGCGCUCCAGGCUCGCUCGCUACAAAAACAGCACGAUUAUGCUGCAGACUUGAGCUGCAGAACAAAUCACAUUUAGCGAAGGAGAGUGUGGAGAUGGAACCAGCAGAGAGAGAAGAUUCCCACUGAGUCUCAAAAAGGAGAAAGAGAGAUUGCAAGGGGAGUGAAAGCCUAUUGCAGCUUGGAAGAAAACUAUUGCAAAGGAGGAGUGUGUGUGUGUGUGUGUGAGGGGGGGUAAUGUGAAGAAAGAGAGAGAAGAAAGGCCAGGAUGGGAGAGAAGGCAGAUAAGGGAAGAGAGGACGGAGAGCCCUCCUGAGGCCCAGGAGAGAAAGAAGGAAGACGGGGAUGUUUAGGAUGGAGCUGAUGAGGAAGAUGAAUGAUGAAGGAUGCAGGGAAAGAUAAGAAAGUGAAGGAGGAAGAAGACAGAAAGGAAGGAAAGGAUAUUCAAGGAUUAGAUCAGGCUGAAAGUGGGGAGGAGAAGGAUGGAAGGAGAAAGAGGGAGACGUGAUAAUGAGAUUAGGCAUGAAGGCAGCGAGGGGAGAAAAGUAAGAUAUGUGUGGACAAAGUGGAAGUGAGGAGAAAAAUGAGAAGAGAGAGGAGAGAAGAAAAACAGGACAGGAGGAAAAGUGACAGGACGAAGGUGAUGAGGGAGAUGAGAGUGAGAUUUGUAAAUGGAUUAUGUUUUAUUUAUGGAGCGUCUUUUUUUUCUUUGCGCUGGAUUUGAUUGGCAGAGUUCUGGCACCCCGGAGGAGAUGGAGUGAUAAUUUUAGACCUGGAAGAGGGAAAGAAAGGGGGUAGAGGGAAUAGGGGAGAGAUGUUGUAGGUCUGCAGAGGGAGGUAUGGAGGAGAAGAAGCUCAAAGUCAGCUUUUUCAUGGAGUCAGUGCGGCGCAAAACUCUGUGAUUAACCUGGAGCAACACACAAACACACACACACACAUAAACAGCCUCUCACACACAUAAACAUCGCAAACCUCAUUUGCAUACAUACUGUGGAGAGCAGCUCGCCUCACCGACUCAGGGGAUGAUGGGGAAAAAUGUACAUCCAGAUGGGUAGAGAUUGAGAAGUUGCCAGAUGACGACCUCAUAAGAGUGGAAAGUAUGAGCCGCUGUUAUUGUUUUAAUUAAAACAGUAAUAACAUAAGGGGUCGUGCAUUGUAUCCUCCUGCAUUGAUUCUCUUGUAAGUCCGUGGCCGGCAUGCAAAGAAAACACAAGCUCCUGGCCAGCCUCCAAUUGAAAGAUAAUGGGAGAUAAUGAAUAGGAGACAGUGGCUGCACUGCUUCAAGGGUACUUGGGGGGGCAUGUUUGGGGCAAACGGAGACAGCUCAUCUCUUCUGUGGCUUGUCUUGUUUUGUUCUUUUUUUUCCCCCUUCACUCUUAGAGACACGAGGAGAAGGAGAGUAGAAAGACGGACGCAGAGAAGCGGUAAUUCAACCCGCUAACCCAGCGCCGGUGAGGCAGUCUCUAGAAUUUACCGUGACCGAGGGUGAGCCAGCAAGUCCACCUGGCUGCCUCCCAAAUCCCCCCUCUUUAAACUCUCCACACCUCUCCUUUUUUCAUCUCCUCUUUUCUCACUGUCCCUCCAUCCACAGCCUCCCCGCGCUUAUAACUCAACUCCAUUGCGGGGACCAUUAGUACAGGCCCCCGAACAGGCUUGUCUUAUGAAUUUGCACGCCUGUUUUAUAUUUAUUUAUUUGUUUAUGUAUUCUGAAAUGAUGGCCCUUCCCUGAUCUCUAUUGCCGUCAUAAAUAAAGGCUCCUUUUUUCCAGCGGGGCUGUGACAGAGGCAUUUCAAAUGAUGAGAAGCACCAAAUCACUGCUAUGAAAUACUGCCCCCACUUGGCUGGAGAGAGAAGUGAUUGUUUUUGUUCCCCCCUCUUCCUGUUUUAUACACCCGUCAGAGCACCGCCAUGGUAUCGAUUGCACUCAGCAUUUUCCUCUUAAUAUGAUUCGACUCUUUCCAAGUAUUUUAUUAUGGCCACGGCUUUUAAUGGGGGCCAGAUUAAUACCGCUGCCACAGAUGUUGAUUCCUUCCCUCCUUUUUCUCAUUCUCUCUCUCUCUGCACUGUACUUUACUCUUGAUCAGCAGCAGCACAGGCUCACGGCCUUGAUGUGAAGCCUAUAAAACCUACAGUCAAAGUGAAGUGCUGCACCCAGCUGUGUUAUGAGUGGGAGAGGUAGAAUAUGCGUCAUCUCUCGUAUAUUCCGUCCAGCCCCUGCCAGCUGCAUUAUUAUACCCAGAGCCAUCGCUUCCUAACUCCCCGCCAUCAUUUCCCGGAUAGAGCCCUCACUCCCCCACCGUCUCUCCAUCCCUCUGUUCUUUAUGCCUGGAUUGAUCAUCCACCAGCAGCCAGCAGGUGUUUCUCGGGUGGCAUCUCUCAGCAGGCGACAGCGGAUGCCAGCCAUCUCCCUCCCAACAGCGGUUAACAAUUUUUAUUUUUCUUCUUUGUCGCCUUUCUUCGCGCUUUACUGCAGCUAAUUUCCUUUGAAGGGGUGACAGCUGUCAGGAGGAGCGGGCUUACAAAUGGACAGCUAAUUACUUUUUCUGGCCUUCUCCCAGAAGCAAACUUUUAACCGUGUUUCUCUGACUGGAGUCUCUCACUCGAAGCCACCUCACUCUCUCUCUCCCGGUCCUGACGGGUCACUAAUCACACACACACUGCUUUGUCAAGAUGCACAGCAGCACCAUUAGAAUUAACACUGUUUAAGACAAUGGCGGCCUAGCCCGGUUACCACGGUGAUGAGUAAUAACCACCAUUAGAAAAAUAAUUGGGAUGGCAGUGGCAGGCCCUGAUGGCCCCCGAUAUGAAUCACAAUAUUGAUGCAGAGAAUGGGAGCAAUAAUGACUACAAUUAGUGGUAAUUGUGAAGAUUUUUUUUCUCUGUUCCACCGAGUAUUAGAGUCCCCUUUGUCUUUAUCCCCUCUUGGUUCUUUGUGUCUUUGGUUCAAUAUCCAGUGUGUCUCUCUGUUUCCCCUGAUGUGAUGAAUAUGUAAGCUUUGACUAUUUCAUUAAAAGAGAUUAAAAUCGGGGGAGAAUUAAAUUUGGAUGGAGUUGGCAGGAUCAGAUGAUGUCAGAGAAGCUUUAUUACAAUAUGCCAACCCUUGCUUAUUCACACUGUGUGUAUGCCAACCUUUUGUGCAUAUUUCGGCUGACACACCCGCAUGUGCGCACGUUCGAAUUUAGGACACGCUCAGCUGCAGAAACAGACAUUUGUUACGGCCGAAAGCAGUCAAGUCAGCAACUCCUGCACCAGCGGCCACCAUCUGUUUGUCUCACAACACUUCCUGCCUGCUGAAGGUGUUUAUACAGGAACACGGCUAGACCCAGAAGUGAAUUAUAUAUCCUCCUGUCGUCUUUAUCGGAACACCUUAUUGCCUGCUUCAUCAUCAUGCUUCCAUAUUGAUGGCACUCUUUCUCUAAAUCCUCCCCACGGCCAACUCUUUGCCAAGGAGAGCGAGGAUGCAAAUGGGGAUGCAAAUUGGUAAAUACCAGUUUUGGGUGCCUGGCAAGCUCGUACUCUCUUCAAGGCAAUCACGUCCCACUCCUGGCUGAAGCCUUACGGCUGGCUAAUUGUGCACAAAUCAUUGGGAUUCAAAUGAUGUAGCUCAGUGUCCAUUGUGCGCAGUGGGAGUUGUGACUCAGCCCCGAGCCGUGUCAACAGCCUGACCCACAAACACAGAGGGCGCUCCAAUCAGAGCAUAAUCAACCUCCUCAUUACUGACUCUUUGGAUGUCAGCAACUUCAAAGAGGCUCCCUGCUGCUUCGACCAACUCUUGUCUGGGGGGAAAAAAAAAACAUAUUGGUUUUUCAAGCCGGGGAAAGUUUGUUCAAAAGAUAUUGUGCAAAACUUUCUAUGAGUGUGCGCGUCCUUCCUCCAUGCGAGUUUCAGUUAUAUAUGCGCUCUGAAUGCGAGUACAGGUGUCUGUGGGAAUGUAUGGGCAUUUUCAUUCAUAGGAGCCAAAGCUGGACCGCAAUCCCUCCCAGCACUUUCCAAAUACCUGUAAUAAGAAGCAUUACAUCGGGAUAAUGGAGUGUAAUCAAUUGGUUUAGCUCGCACCUGGAUGAGAAAUGGCUUUAAAAAUGUGUUCAGUGCAGCCGAGGCUUCCACCACGCUCUCGCUGCUCUCGAGUUCAGCUUGUUUUCCCCACUGAGCCGAUCACAGACAUUUCCUCUUACCCUAUUCCACUUCUUUUGCACUUUGAUCCUCAAUUUUUUUUUUUUUGCAUUGUGUCACACCGCUCUCUCAGAAUGCAAGAAUAUGAUGAUCACAAUUUUGCAAUUUCAUCUCCAAAUCCUCUGGAAUCAUCUUUCACAAUCUGUCAGAUCUGCUGAAUAUUUCUUUCGAGUGGCUUCUUAACAAUCACUGGAGAGAGGGGCCUUGGAAAUUUUCAUCCUUGAGGGUUAUUUUUCAACUUGUGUUGGUUUUAUUCCAUUAUUCGUGAGGCACUUUCAAAAAUAUGUUUUUAAAAGAGUGAUACUUAAGACCAGACUGAAGUUCGGACUGCGUGGUAGAUGAUGGCAGAGUCCAAGUUCAGCUGCGACCUUUCGAAGUUUCCUCUGUUUUUCUUAUUUUGCCCAAUUUGUGCAUAUUCAUGUUGGUGUUUGUGUGUCUCAAUUCACCGCUGACUGGCACUUAGAGAUUUAAUAAGGCAUUAUGUAUUCAACUGCGUGUUGGUGCAUCCUGUUACUCUAGCUGCAGGCAACAGGGGCUGUUUCUACGUGUGCGAGUUUGUGCACGUAAAAAAGAUGAAUGGCGGUAAUUAUAAUCAUCCUUAUUAUAAUCAUAAGGACACAUUGUUCAUGAGCACCCUCUUUUCCUUGUUGAGUCCUUCACAGUCUUUUCUUCAACUCUCAAACUCUUUAUCUCUUUCACUCUGCCCCCUCCUCUGAUUCCCUCCCACCCUCUCUUUCUCUAUCAUCAUUGGAAGCCCAUGAUGAAUUGUGAGUAAAUGAAGGAUGCCUUGAGUACCUUAUUUUGAAAUGUUCUGUCUUUUAUAAGGUGCAAAUUGAAGACCCCCUUUUCUCUCCGCAUCUGCUCCUCUUAUUUGUCCCUCUCGUUUUCCUCUCCAUGUCGCUGUAUUAACGUCCAUCUCUCUCUCCCGCAGCUCGUUGUCAGGCGGUGCAGGCGGAGAAUGUGACAGUCCUGGAGGGGGGUACGGCUCAGAUCUCCUGCCGCCUGCAGAACUACGAUGGCUCAAUCGUGGUCAUCCAGAAUCCCCGCCGGCAGACGCUCUUCUUCAACGGCACGCGAGGUGUGUAUGCACGUGCACACGCUCGGCUGUGCUGCAAAACUUAAUCUAUCUAGCGUUUGACCUCAAUGACAUUUGAAAGUAGCCUUUGAAACACAUUAGCAAUGACUCACCACUUGCACUUUACAUUUUUCUUUUUGCAAAUGUACUCACUCUGCCUUCGAAGCGAUUUCACAUUAAAAAGUCAGAUAACCCUGAGUUAAUUUAGGCGAUGGUGUUAUUCUCUGCCCUAAGAGUGUGACUGCUUUAACUGUUUUAAAAGCAUAGUUCUCGGUAUAAUCCUCUGUUAACCCCUCUGAUGAGAUCAGAACGUAUUACAGCUCCUCAUUAGAGCACAGCCUUGGCAAUCACAUGUUUUUUUUUAAAGCCAGCAUUAUGGUAAAUUAUUAUUGUAACCAAUGUUAUAAUGAAGGCAGAUUUCAUUGAGGGCCCGGGGGUAGGCAAACACUCCAUGUUUUUUUCACAACUAAUUAUGGCAAGAGCUGCCACCUUCAGAUUUUCUUCAAGUGCUGCUGGGAAACCUUUGAGCAAGAGAACAAAGAUCAAGGUUAUUAAGUAUUACCUUUGAAAUUUGACAGGAGCAGCUUAAUUGGGGCAAAAAUUAGCCUCAUGUUUUGCAUUGUAGCAGCGGUUAAUUGAUGCCUUCCCUAAUCUCUGGGAUAAACUCGUGAAGAUCUCAACUUAAUUUAAAGGCUAAAGUGUAAUUCUCUGUGCGUAUUUAUCAUUCAACUUUGACAGAACCAUAGACUUUAAAUAGAAUGGAUGCUGUCUGCCUCAUCGCUGGGUGAAGCCCCGCGAGAACAGCACCCUCUGGUGACGGGCUGCAGUAUAGGUCAUAAAUCCCGCCUCCUCCAGCAAUUCCUAUGGAGCUGUGGACAAACUUUAGAAAUUAAUCACACAGAAUAUAAAUUUUUCUCCCCCUUGUUUGCGAUGUUGACAUGAAGUUAUUGUAAGACUGGUUUGCACUCAAGUCCUCUUUUUUCUGUGCAGCUUCAUUUUUAAAAGUUAAAGGGAUAUUCUGGCGUAAAAUUAAGUUACGGUCAAACACACCAUAACACCAAGUUAGACACCCCAUCGAGAGAUGAACAUUGCCGACCGCUUGCUUCUCUAGUUAUACCAACUUUAGUUAUGACUGCAGAUAGCAAUACAGAGAGCCACACGCUCAACCAAAACACCACUCUAUAGCCACAAAUAAUGCUCAGAACAGCACCUAACUUCAUCAACAGUACAUAUAGGGUCCCAGCCACAGCACUAGCCUCCAAACAUCUUUUUAACUUUGCCUGGGCACAUAAUGCCUGAGUGUCAUCACAGUGACUCUCUUGCCAAAUGCGUACAACCCUACUGCGCAAGUGGUGGUUCCAGGAAGUGGAGGAAACCAUGGAAAUACCAAGAGUAAUUUGGCUUCUAAUUCGUAUAAUGACGGAAGGCGGAGCCAAGUUGUCCAUAGUAUAUACAGUCUAUGGACAGGACAGAAUAUUAGUGCAAUCAUGAAGAAGAAAUCAAUAUACAGAUAGAUUAAGUAAGAACAAAUAUUCAGAAAAGGUCAGGUUGCAUUUACCACAGACUGCACGGAGAUAUAAAGAUACUCUAGAACAGAACAUCAAGAAAAAUACAGGGAUGGCUCAGUGAAGGCAGAUUAUCUCGUACUCUGUGAGCAUCCAAAACUGAGUUUAUAUUGGAAUGGCAUUCACAAAACAUUAAGCAGAAAUCUUUAAGACUCAAGCACCCAUUACUUUUAAGGGUCUCUAUUUGGGUCACGUUCUGCGCCUGAAAUUGAGGAGUGAUACAAAGCUGCUGCAGGCCCUCUUGGCAGCAAGUGAAAAUCAAUCACUAGAAAGUGCCUUAAUCCAGUAGCACCUACAGCAGAUGACUGGUUUGGAAUAAUUUUGGAAAUAUUUAUAAAGGGAGAAAUUGACUUAGUCCUUGAGGAUCCAAAGAGACAAAUUCUAUCAAAUGUGGAACAAAUGGAUUCAAUUUACAAACCUCAGUGCAAGUCUAUUUUCUGUGACUCCAACACAUUCCUAUGUCUCCUACCUGCUUGGUAGUAAAAAGUGCGGCUCUAAGCGCCCCUUGCUCCAGUACAAACAGUUAUAUCCUUAAUAAUUUGUGUGAUAGAUAUAUGCACAUAGGGAUGUCCCAAUACGAUACUGGUAUUGGAUAUUGGUCUGAUAUCAGCAAAAAACAAAUAUCAGAUUAUAUCAGCCUGUAUCUAAAAUCUCCGAUAUCAGCAGUCCAUUCUAGACUUUGCUAUUUAGCAGUGCCUUGAUCCAGCAUGCAAAGCCCAACAACAGGGUGUACUCAGGUACUAACAAAGAAGCAAGGAGUAGGAGUGAUGUCGGCUGUGUGGCAGUAUUUUUGUUUAAGUCCGAAAAAGACAUUGCAGCCGAGUUAGGGUGACCAUAUUCUGAAUCCCCAAAAAGAGGACACAACUAUGUGGGGCAGUCACGGGGUAGCACUUGGUCAAAUUUGAGAGUUUUUCGGGUCGGGUUGAGUGGUUUUUAAGCAUUUUUAACUCAGUAAGUCCAUGGGACACAAACUCAAAACUUCCAUACAAAACCCGGGACAUUUGAAGGAUUUUAUAAACUCCCCAGGACAAGGCCGGACAGCCCCCAAAAAGAGGACACGUCCAGGUAAAAGAGGACGUAUGGUCACCCUAGCUGAGUGCAAAACUUGUAAUGCACAAUUCUGUGCCAAUUUCGUUUUAACAUUUGUAUCAGCCAAUACUGAGAGCCACAAUAUCAGUAUCGUAUCAGGUGUAAAAAAGUUAUAUCCGGACAUCCCUUUAUGCACAAAAACCUGAUGUGUAAAUAGUUGCAGUAGAACUGAAAGCAUGUGUUUGUAGAUGAACGUUUAUCUGGAAAUGUUGAUGGAAGACUAAGAUCCUCCAUAAUUUGUGAUUUCACCUUUUCCAAAGAUUGUUUUGUAUGCUAGAAAUGCUGUUCUUAAGUUCAGUAGUUUUUCCAAUACCUGAUUGAAAGUACAGCCAAUGUUACCUUGCGUUGAAAUAAGCUUGGUUAGGUGAGGAUGUAAGCCCAUUUAGAAACCCACAGGAAGCAGUGUGUUCACCACUUAAAAUGGCAUGACAUUCAACUUCCUGAGCCUUUUUUUAUUGACAGCUGAAGACCUGGCACUCAGAGUCGUUUCCAUGGUUAAGUUGCUCUGACUCUCUUCUAAAUUUAGUCCCGAUGAGGUUUGAUCCUGAAAAAGAAAUGCUCUGCUGUUGUAAUUAUGAGACAGGUGUUUAUUUUCCAAGCUUAAUUCACUCUCUCAGACAGUCUUUUUGCUGCGCUCCCUUCACUCAAGCUGCUCUCACUGAAUGUUGAGUUACAAAGUAGUUUACUGGAUACACUUAAACGUUUGUAUUAUUUUUAUCUCGUUAUGCUUCAGAAAAUGUCUUUCAAGUUUGUAUUAAAAAAUCCUUGAAUUGAAAUGAAUCAAACUAAAAUGACUAAAGCGUCAGGCAGGCAGAAUUUUAGUUGGAACUGUUUUUGCUCUUGUCUCAUGGCCUUGAGGAGGAAAAAGAUAAAGAAAUUUUCAGCUGCGAGAGUAAUGAAAGUUAGUCAAACUCAGCCUUGAACUGACGGAGGAUUCAUCAUCUUGCGGGUGAAUACAUUGGUAAAGAAGUCCCAGUCUUAGAAGGGAGCUGGAUUUUAGUCAACCUCAAAUAUGUGCAAUGAUUAGAGAAAUAGCUGCUGAAAGUUUGUUCUGUGGAUGACCUCUCCUUUAAACCUUGGCAAGAUGGAAGCCGGUAAAAGCCGCAUUUUCUGCACUCUGGUCGCAUGAUUAUUCUGUUGAUUGACUAAACCUUAACUGUCGAAAAGAGCAGGUGAAAAUCGUAUGAAAGCACAAAACAAGUGCACAGUUUUUGGCCCCUUAAUAUUUUCAGAAAUGGAUCCAACACUGAAUUCAUUGAACACAACAUGAUAACACACAGCAGGUCUGAGCUUUUUCUUCUUAAUUGAUCAUCAGGGCUUUUAUGAUUCCGUAUAUCAUAUCUCAAACAAUUCAAGUGCAAACUUAACAGUGAUUUCAGUGCAUCUGUAAGAAGUAGAGGAUAAAAUCCAGACGGCAACAGAUGCCUUAAAAUCUGGAUUUCAUCUUUUUUUCAGGUUGUAAAGUCUGUGGUUAACAGUCAUGACAGCAUGGAACAAAGAAAAGACCUUACAUUUGUUUGGAUCCAAACACUCAGAUUAGGGCUUAUAUCAAAAAUUAAUUUCCCUCAAUAUCAAUAUAAAACGUGGUCAGUAUGCUUUUCGGCAUUCUGCCAUGUUUUGGUAGAUGAUACGAAUAGCCAAUGAAAAGGGGGAGUUGCUCGAGGUCCGCUCCGCGCUGAACCAAUCGUGUGCUGAAUUAAAACCAAGUAGCAAACAACUGCUUAGUCACAGGCUGCGGCUACAUGCAACCAUAGCACUUAAACAUGUGAAGGCGACAGCAAUGUUGGUGAGAAAACAAGAAAAUUAGUGCUACCUCCGGCAGAAAUGCAGAUGAAGGCAUAACAGAUAAUGACAUUGUCGACAACACUAGCACGAAAACAUCAGUGGUGUGGAAGUAUUUUGGUUUUUUGAGGUCGGACAUGAAGCAGAGUAGUGUGUACUGUAAAUUAUGUCGAGUACAUGUUCUCGCAAAGUCAGGGAAUACCUCAAAUCUUUUUCACCACCUGAAGCAGCGCCCCGUGGCAGAGCACGCACAAUGGCAAAGGUUACAAAGCCCUGAGAGGAGUCAGGAGCCCAUGGCACCUGUGCAGCCGAAACAGCCGACCAUUCAAUCCGCUUUAUCUAGUGUAACGCACUACAACAAAACGUCAAAGAGACACAGAGACCUUUUAUAUCGUGAUAUAUAUUUAUAUGGACUGAUAUGAAAAAAAUAUAUUGUAGUAAAAUUUUUCCUAUAUCGCAGAACCCUAACUCAGAUGUAAUAGUAACAUGGUCACCACAGCCAUCACAUGGCGUUUUUGUAAUAGCUCAAUUUCUAAAAAUUUACACAGUCCGUAACUGUACUUUUGUACCAAUUUAUUUCUGCUUUUACUCAAUUGAAUAUGGCACAGAAUAAUGGCUUAGGAUGUCCUAAGCUGAUCAAGCGCGUCCCGCUUUGACAUCUUUGGUAUUUUUUCCUUUUGGCAGCAAAAUCAAGUGAUUGUUCAGGGUCCAAAAUGUGCAAUUUUCUCACUUUUACACAGCAAAUAAACAUUGAAUCUGGCACAAAUAAGCUUAACUAAAUCUACUUCUUGAACUUGCUUGAACUUGUUUUUUUUUCCACCACAGAGAAAAUAGUCUUUUUCUUGUAACUGGAGGGCAUAUAUUCAUGUCUGCUAACUAAGAGCCAUUAUUUGUCAGUAUGUGAUAGUUUGCACUUGAACACACUCUCACAUUUUAAUCAUUAGAAACUCGCAGCACUUAUAAUUACAUUGAUUCAACAAUCAAGACUCCUACACUUCCCUUGGGAACAGUCUCUGCCAAUGUAGUAGUCACUAAAGAUUUUCUGAGCAGUACGCCAAGAUGGGUCUGAAAACACAGAAGACAAGAAGAGCCGCUUUCAUUCAUGACUCCUGCAGCAUUUCAAUACUUUUUCAACACUUGUUAGUUACUUCAAUCACGAAGAGGCCUUAAUUGGGUUGUUAAGGUAGCAGCUUUGGGGAACCUCACUUUCAACUCCCCAACUCUCCCCUCAAUUCCACCAGAUCAGCUCUACCAGCGAGUUCUAUUAAGUAUUUAAACAGAGCUAACCUGUCCGCGCUCCCACAAGACAUGGACUCGCACCCUUUGGAAAGCACCGUGGAGCUUUAUCAGAGAGAGGAGGAAGGAGAGAUGUGAAAGCCGGAGGGGAGGAGGAAGAGUAAAAACAAGAUUGGGGGAGAAGGAGAACAAGGGCGAAAGGUUGAGAAAGACAUGGCAACGGAGGGAGUGAAAAAGGGAGCGUCAGGCUGUGUAGAAAGAGACAGCUCUGGGAAGUGAUCCAAAUGUUAGGCAAGGUAUAAAGUAUCGAUGGCUUCCCGUAACUAAUUUGGCUCCCGUAAGCACCUGAAAAGCCUCGUUGGGGACAUUUUUUCUGGAAGCGUAAAUUACAUCUCACUCUGGCUCUCUCUCUGCCUUCCACAUUUGCUCCAUCACUUGCUGAAGGGCCCUUCCCAUUUCUGCCUAUUGCCCAUCUGCCGCCCAGAUACCGGGCUUACAGACUGAGGCCUUUCAGCUCCGAGCCAUUCCACGCUAACUGCCCAAAUAGAGCCGAUGCUGUAAGUGCUGCGAAUUAGGCUGCAUGUUUUGCAAGUGAGCAACCAGUCGGGGGCUGUGUUUUAUGAGAUUGUGGGGAACUGAUGGCCAUAAUAGAGCGGUGGAACUAACCGAAUGGACCCUUUCUCCUCAGUGGUCCAUAUCUCUUUUUCUCUGACUAUUGCCAGCUCUCCUCAGCAUGCAAAUGAGGCGGGACAAUAAAGGUGAACUUGGACUCGAACAGAAGUCUGACAUUUAGGUGCCAUUUAGUGCCGGGAGGGAAAGAAGAUUUACCUAUCUUGAGGGAAUAGCUCUCUAAGUGUGCUCUCGAUGCCAUCCGGUGUAAAGGAAAUUUAGGGGGUGGGGGUGCAGAGAUUAGUGUGUCGUACUCGCAGGGAAAGUGGACUAACUCCGUAGCCCAAGGCUCCUGUGGGUUUCCGUCUCUAUCUAUUUUAUUUUUUUCCCCGUCUGGCACAUUACGUAGCUAUAUUAGACUGUUUCUCUCAUUUUUCCUUCUCUCUCUACUACACACAAAGCUGGUAUCUAUACCCAAGUGUCUGUGUUGUGAUGAAUAAUGCCGUGAGAUGACCGGUUGUUACAUCAGGGAAGUAUCUACUGUGAGCCAAAGCCGACACAAAAGGAGAGAGGGACAGAAUGAAAUAGAGGUGGAGAGAGAGAGGGAGAGGUUUCACAGCCAAGUCGAUACAAAGUGAGUGUCAAAUGAGAAUCUAUGGACGAUCGAGCCACUGUCACCCGCAGACUGUUAUUAGCGUUAUUUGUUAUUAUCAGCAUUUUUCUCGCCAUUGAUUCUACACUUUCUCCAGUAACAAAGGCAAAAUUGCGGCGAGUUCAUCUUGUUUUAACCUCCUUGUCCCUGCGCCGUCUUUCUCUCUCUCCUCUGUAGCUCGUUGCUCUGAAAUCCAAGAUUCAAGCGUUGAUAAGACUCAUACACUUUUAGUCUUCCUUUUCAAUUGCUAGUUAUUUCUGCCGUCUGAAUAGCAGUGUUUACGCCGUGUAAAAUUGUAGUAUUUAGCCUUUCUCUCACCGAUUCAAAGGGCACCACUCAGUUUAAUAGCUUUCCUAACACAGUUUUUCGGUUUGCAAUGAGCUUUAUUUGCAUGGCACUUUUCAAAAGCAUUUCACGUAGUGUGUAAAACAAAAGUGAUUAAAAGCUAAUAAGCUAAACAAUAAAAAUGCCACACGCUAAUUACAAAAUGGACUUCGAGAGGAGUGAAGUCGGCAGUUAAUAAAGAGAAGAGAUAAAACUAACUCAGGAUGGACCAAUCAGUGUUUUGGUCAAAUGAACAAUUCCCCCACAGAGCUGGAAAUGAGAGAGUGAAGAUAUCCGUCAUGUUAUAUCAAUGUACGACUUCAAAAACUCUUUCAGAGCUUUUAAAUUUAUACCCAGCCUCCGAUUUUUUUUGCUCUAUCAAUUCCAGUGCAGAAAAAUACUGUCAGUGUUGCUUUCACAGCCACCAGUCCUGUGUGUUUUUGCAGCGGGUCCUCCGCAGAGCUGCCCUUUGGAGUGACAUCACAAAUUAAAAGGUGCUGAAAUCGCUGCUCUUGUUUCAAGCUUGGAGAGAGGGAGCUGUUUGUUGAAACCAAGCAAAGGAACAACUGAUUCCAGGGCAGUAAAUGCCAUACCACCCCUUGAUUUUCUUUCAAGUUUGAUGUAUGUGCCAGUUACCGAGUGUGGAAGGACACGAUUUCUGUAUUUUCUAACUCCCUUCAGAAUUUAUUGCAGGGGAAAAAUUUCCAAGGUCUACAUAGCAUUUGUGAUACAUAGUGCCCACAAUCAGACUCUGGCAAUGUCAUUCAGCUGCAGAGCCAAAGAGCAAGCACUGUCAGCUUCUGCAUCUCCGAACCUGUCGUGCCAAUCUAACCUGCGCCCUUAUCUGGAAGAAAGUGCAAGCGGUUGCAGCAACUGUCACUCUCUUGGCCAGUGUGUUGCAACAUCAGCGUAACCACAUCUUCAGGUCAAAACUGCCAUUACUUCACUUCCCUGUCGGUGUUUGUGGUGGUUGUGCAUCAGCCUAUCACAAAAGGACCAGUGUUGUAGCUAUUGACAGUUGUUUUCCAAGUUGGAAAAAGGAGUGAAGCAAUUGGUGGCACAGGCAAAAAGCCAAAAAUACAAGUUUCCAGGACUGUGUCUAAACGUGUUGAGGUGCCAGCUGUGAGACUGGUGGGAUCUUUUGUCAUCCCCUGCAAGGCAAGCUUCCCCGCUAUCUAAGCGCUGAGCCUGGCUAUUGAUUCUUAUUCUGGCAACCCACUAGUUAUAAACUUUCUUGCAUCUCAGCCAGCAAAGCGGUUAGUGAAAAUUUAGUGGAGUUUUUUUCUGUGGCACUACCAGAAAAAUUGAGGAAGGAAAGAAUAUCCAUCCAAAAAACUGAGAAUGAUGGAAAAGUUUGACAGAAAAUUAAACUCAGAGUAUCCACCAGCCAUUCUGUGCUGAUUUCACUUGUGUUAUAUUUAUAGACUAAAACAUUGGCACAGUCUCAGUGAGAUCACCCAUUGUUUCUGGAGAGGGGUUUUGAAACCAAAGGAGAAGACUGUCACAUUGAAAAUGCUGACUUAAAGGGAUAUUCAGGCGUAAAAUAAAUGUAGGGUCAAACACACUGCAACACCGAUUUAGACGUCCCCGUCGAAAGAUGAAUGUUGCCGACCGCUUGCUUCUCUAGUUAUACCACAACCCACAAUAGCAAUACAGAGCGGUCUAUGGAGCUAAGCACAAACAUCAACCAAAACACCUCUCUAUAGCCACAAAUAAUGCUCAGAACAGCACCUAACUUCAUCAACAGUACAUAUAGGGUCCUAGCCACAGCACUAGCCACCAAACAUCUUUCUUUAGCAAAGAGACUAAACGCAACUCACCUACUCUCUUCCAGCAGCUGCUUGUUUGUAGGUAGAGCAUUAUAGACUGCUGUGUAUUGCUAUCUUGCAGUCGUUACUAAAGUUGGUAUAACUAGAGAAGCAAGCAGUCGGCAACAUUCAUCUCUAGAGGGGAUGUCUAACUCGGUGUUAUGAUGUGUUUGACCCUUACUUAAUUUUACGCUGGAACAUCCCUUUAACUUAACUUUUGGUUACCUAGAAACAAAGAAGUGGAGUUGAGGCUGACCUUGGCAUAUAACUCAGCCACAACUCUGGUUACAGAAAUUUAAUGCAUAACUUUAAUUUUACUAUCUUCAAAAUAGAUGAAUUUAAAAAGUAUGCAGUGUUAAAAAAAAAAAAUAUAUAUAUAUAUAUAUAUAUAUAUAUAUUUUUUUUUUUUUUUUUUUUUUUUUUUACCAGAUUGCCAAUAUAUUUAGUUUGACUGUGAAAGUGUGCAUUUUAACAUGGGUGUCAAUGGGGCUUUCUCCAUUUUUGAGGGCAGCCUCAAGUGGCCUUUUGGGGAAUUGCAUGUUUUGAACUUCCUCAUUGGCUUCCUGUUUUGCAGCUUGGUUUUGAGAAAAUCUUUCUUGAAUGUCAAGAGGCAGGCACCAGAGUUCAGGAAACACAAUAAAAGUACAUUUAGUUCUUGCAAGAAUGGAGCACAAAUAAUGCAUUAGGUUGGAUACACAGGAGUGGUCCCCAAUUGUAGAGUUAUAGAGUCUAUUAUCCUUGCUUUCUCAGUCUUCUCGGGUCUUAGUUAUUAUUUCCACAUACAGCCAACAGUCUAUUGAAAGAAGUAACACUUGGCCUCGGUUUCUUCCUAUUCACAUCUUGGAUAACAUCUUUCCAUAAGGUUUCAUCCACUUCCUUCAUGCAGUCUAUAGAUGCCAUAUACGUGCCUCAUUCGUUUUUAAAAUCCAGAGGGGAGCGAGCGUUUGCGGUUGCAGCUCCCACUUUGUGGAAUGUACUACCCCUAAGUGUGCGUACUGCAAAUAGUCUCUCGACUGUUAAAACCCAACUGAAGACGCACUUGUUCACCUUAGCUUUUGACGGAGUAUGAUAUUUGUAUUGGUUAUAUACAGUAUUUGUUUUUGUUUACGUUUAAAUGUUACAUGUCUUUUGUUGUUGUUGUGUAUGACUUGCUUUUAUUGCUACUGCUUCGUUAUUGUAAAGCACUUUGGUAGGCCACUGGCUGUUUAAAUGUGCAAUACAAAUAAACUUGACAUUGACAUAUAAACACAAAUUGAAGCUCAUGGUAUCUGCCUUAAAGCUCCUGUAAGGAACUUUUGAUUUGUAUCAAUUUUGGCGCCCCCAUGUGGACGAAACAGUUUUUGCUUAUCAUGUCAUUUACAUAUCUAAAUAUUGUCCUCUGACACAAAUCUCAUCUUGUUGACUUUUGACAGUGAAAUUACUAUGAACAGACAAUGUAAAGACGGGCUGUCUCUUUAGCUGCUCUUUAGACACCUACCCCCUCACACUGGUUUCAAGGCAUUUAAAAUUACAGCAUUAAAAUUGUCAGUUUUGUCAAUUAUGGUUUUGUUUGGUUUUGGAUAUCAUAAAAAAAGCUUCAAUAUGAAUUUCAGCCAUGUCAAAAUCUCCUAACUGGAGCUUUAAGUCACAGAUGAAAACAAAGUCAGACCAAAUAAUGAAGUAGGUUGAAGAGGCAGACGUGUUAAAUUCUGUUGGUAAAUUUAGAAGGAUAUGAAUAGUUAAGGAUGAACAUUUUUCCUUGUUGUAGAGAGCUUUCAGCCCGCUCACUGGGAGGAUGUUAGUUUGUGAUUGAGGAACAAACUCACUCCCUGCAGUGCUUCCCAUCUUAAUACAAAUUCAAACUACAGUAGCAAAAGAGCCUUCUAGUACUACGUGUUAAAACAAGUCCUCUGAUAUAACGCUGGGUUUGGCAGUCCUCUUGUUUGCGAAUUUGUGUCUGUGUGUGUGUGUGUGGUGUAACACUAGCAAACAAAGCACCAUGACAAAAACAAAUCUAAAUGCUCUGUGUCUGUCUCAGAGGCUUCAGAAAAACAUCGAAUCAAUUACACUGACCCAGAGUAAAAGAAUUCUGGUUGUUUUCUCUGCUUUGUUUUUUUUUUCUUUUACUUCUUUUUAUUUUCACAUGAAAAUAAUCUUUUAUAUUUUGGAGAUUUUUCUGACAGUGACUCUUGUUCUCAUCUUCCCUGUCCUUGGUCUCUCCACUCAACAGUAACCCCAAAUCUUCUCUCUCCCUUCUUUCCCUCCCACCCCGUCUUCCCUUUUCCCCACUUCUCCUCCGCCCUGGUCCACUUCCAGCUCUGAAGGAUGACCGUUUCCAGAUGGUGCUCUUCACGCCGCGCCUGGUGCGCAUCACGUUGACCAAUGUCAGCGUGUCGGAUGAGGGGGGCUACUUCUGCCAGCUGUACACAGACGCCACGCACCACCAGGUGGCGACGCUCUCCGUUUUAGUCCCCCCUGAGACGCCCACGGUGGAGGUGAAGCAGGAGGCCGUGGAGGGCGGGGAGGUGGAGCUCACCUGUGUGUCGCCACGCAGUAAGCCGGCUGCCACUCUGCGCUGGAUCCGCAACGGCCGGGAGAUCCCAGGUACCUUGACAAUGCUGACAGAUGGACUAACGGGUGGUUUGGAAAUUAUGAGAGACAAAUGAGGAAAUAAUGGUGGGAACAAAGGCCAGGUGAAAUGAAAUAGGUGAAUGAUAUCACAGGAUGAUGAAUGGAUGGGUGUUUGACGGAUUGACAGAGGAAACGGCAGAUGGCUCAGCUGAUGGGAGCCCUUUGAGAUAGACUGAUGGACAAAUGGUUGGAGAAAAUGAAGAUUUUAAGGUGCCAAAAUCUCUCCUCACCUCCUGUUUCUAUGAUUCUGAUCAGCCGUUCUAUGCAAUAUUUAUCAGAGACGGUCUAGUUCCAAAUGAUCAAACACACCUUCGAAAAUGUAAGGGUGCGAUAACUUUUCUGUUUCCACUCCUGCAGAGAAAAGUCAAAAGUUCAAAGAAGAAAUUAAAUUUUUUUUAUGAUGACUGCCGAGUAAGAAAAACGAACAUGAACAGAAAGAAAGAAAGAUGGGAGAUAUAAGAGCUUCUCUGUCCUUCUGAAAUGUAUGAGUCAAAUUCUUUCGCUGUUCCUGUCUCUUGAGAAAUCUAAUUCAAAUGUGUUUUAUUUGCACAUAUCAUCUCACAAGAAUUCAAUUCCAUCCAAGUGUAGAUGCUUCACGAGCUUCAGGUUUUCAGCUUUUCUCACUCUGCCUUUAUUUCACACCGUGACAAAGAGACACUUUUUGUAUUCACUGUCCCCUUACUCCUUAUCUCUAAUAAAUCCAUCCAUGAGACCUUGAUCUACCCUUCUGUCUUACUCGCUUCCUCCCUUUAGAUUCUAUCAGUUAAAGGGAUAGUUCACUCAAUAAACAUCAGGCUUUUUAUACGACCCAUGAGGAAUCUUCUGCGAGUGUGUGCAGCAUUUGUCUUGCAUCCUGAUUUCGAUUUGGUAAAGACCUGGUACGACUGACUGAGCACGAACAAAAAAAACGGAGAGAUUAAGAUAUGCAAAGUCGCCUUCACUCAGGCUUAUGCCUAUUAUUUAAUUCAAUUUAUCUCCAGAUUUUUUAAUAAAUGCAGACAACACUAUUUAAAAGUACAAAAUUGCUGUCAAAUGUGUUACUUUAUCCUGAUUCAUUAAUUCAGUACCCGCUGCCUUCAAAUACCUCCCACAGACAGGAUGAAAUAACGUGAGAUAAUCUGGUGUCAACAGUUUUUGGGACUUGCAUUGAGAGCUGUUUCACUCUUUCAGACUUCAUGUCAGUCGUUGUCGCUUUUACUUUCUAUUUCCGUCUGACUCUCUACGUCUCUUUCAUCCGGUCUCUUUAGUUAUUUCUCAGUCAGAAUGCAGCUGUCACCGUCACUCUGUCCUUUCCUUUUCACCUCGUCUGAUCUCCCUUCUUUUCCCCCUCUUUACUUUAAAUUCCAUUUGUGACAAUGACGUGACUCCCCUCACCUCACUUAUUGGGCGAAAAUGACUUUCAGAAAACUGCACUUGUGUUUUUUCUUGUUUACCAACACUUUCCUCCUUCCUUUAAUGCUUCCCUCUUCUGUCUGAUGUCCUUCUGUUUCCUAAGCUCUUUUCUCUUGUUUCCUUUUCUAAGUUCGUCUGUCCUUCUCCCGCCUUCUUUUCCCCUCUUUUUUUCUGUUUUCUUUCCCCUGGUCUCCUUCCUUCCUUUCCUCCGUCCUUCCUUCCCUGUCCUCUGGUCUGAUUUCUUCUUUCUUUUCUUAUUGUCUUCACUCUGUUUUAUUUCUACCUUUCUUAUUUCCUCUCUUACUCUGUUUUUAGUUUUCUCUCAAUUCUACCUUUUCUUCAUUUUGCACUCUCCUGCAAUUCUCCUGUUUUUUCCCUCUGAUUUCUUUUCACCUCCCUUUUCUCUCUCUCUCUCUUUUUACCUUGUUUCCUUCUCUCUAUACCUAUUUUCUCUCCUCUUGUCUUGUUCCCUCUCCUCAUCUCCUGGUUGCAUUAUCUCUCCCAUAAUCUUGUUUCUCCCCCUGUUUUCUUCCACUGCUCUUCUUUUCUCUUCUGCUUCCUCUCCUCUUAAUUCCUCUCAUUCCUCCUUUUAAUCUCCUCUCUUGUUUUCACCUGUUUACUCCUAUUUCCUCCAUCUCCUUGCGUCUCCUCUCUCCCUCUCCUCUUCUCUCCUCUCCUCUCUUUUUGGCCCUGAGUUAAAUGAACUGUGACACUAAAGGUUAGAGGCAGAUCCCAGCAGAUAUGGGAAAGCACUCUUUAAUUAAGACCCUAUCUCCCCGCUGCUCCUGUAUUCCUGCUCAUCUGCACCCACCGCCGGCCUCUCUCACGCUUCGAUUGGGCUUACUUUCAUUUGCUGGGUGGCAAUAAUUGAAAACUCAGCGCGAUAUAAGUAAUAUUGUUAAAUUCUGCCUGAACAUGCACAAACUCCCGAUACGUGACCGUGUCACCCUUCUGUUCCUCCUCCUCUUCCCCCUCCUCCCUCCUUCUGUCUGUCCUCCCACCUCCUCUCUUCUCCCAUCUCUCUCCCUCUCUGCAUCUGGCCUGGCACUCUUAUCAUCCCCUUUCAUGUCGGGGCUUGUCUCGCCUCAGCUCCCUUUGCUUGCCCCCCCUCCUUCAUCAAUCAUGCCCGAUUUGCUGCCCCUUCUCUCCCUCUGAGUCCCUCUCUCCUUUGCCUUUCUUCUCCCACCCUCUCUACGUCUGGCUCAGUUAAAAUCUCAACUCAGUUAUGCAUAUUCACUCUUUUUAUCCCUCUCUCGCCCCCAUCUCUCAAACUCCCUCUUUCACUCAAGCACACGCAGAACUCUCACUUGAUUCACCAUCUGCAAACAAACAGUUCUGCUGGUUAUAAUUGCCAUGAAAUAUAGAUGCAAAUUGCUGUCUCUUAUUCUAUCCUCUGCUUCUUAUCCAGCACUCUUCAGGUACGAGUGCUACUGUGAAAACCUCCUCCACCUGUCACUCACUUACCCUGACUUCUUUCGCUUCCUUUCAUACCACUGCUGUCCCCGUCUCUUCGUUUUCCUGUCACCUUCCCUCUCCUGUGAUAUCUCAGCGGGGUAAAAAAGGAAAAGCGAGCAUGUUUUGGCUGCUAACUUGUUUUUCCCUCACCCCACCUGUCCUCUUCCCUUCCAUCUUCUCAUCCCUCCUGUUUCUCCUCAGGUGUGGUGUCCCAGCAGGACAACGGGAAGACAUUCAGCGUGUCCAGCACCAUCAGGAUCCCAGUAGAAAGGAAAGACAAUGGGGCGGCGCUGAGCUGCGAGGCGUUCCACCCGGCACUGGGUGGGCAGAAGAGGAUUCGACACUACCGCCUGGAUGUGUAUUGUAAGCCUCUUUGUGCACACAUAAUCUUAAAAUGCUUUCCAUCCAUCCAUCUCAGAAACAAAUGAAGUAAAACAGUCAUGGCCAAAUAUUUCAAAAACACAAAUUACUCCAUCUGUAUCGCAGUCUUUUAAGUUGUGACUGCACCACCAUUCAUUUUGUGUGUUUUAUUUUAAUGCCAGCAAUGAUUUCGACUGGGUAGCGCCCUCAUUUUUCAAAUGGUGGAAAUCUCAUUGAAGAAAGAAGCUCAUUUAAAACACAGCUCAGCGUUUUAACUGAGCGUCACUCUGAGCUGCCCCUGUGUGAGACCUGCUCUCAUUAAAACCGAGUACAGAAAAUCUCGUCUUGCAGGGAGCCGUCGGGAACCGGCCUGCAGCCAGGUUAGGGUCCUGGCUCGAGAGGCCGAGCAACACCAACUGAGAAAACCUGGGUCAUAGUACGCGUGGAGAUCCCAGCAUAACUCUCAGAUGCUGGAUCCUUUCAGGCUUAUUUACAUAAGUUUUAAUGCGCUGAAAUCUCCAUGCAUAUGUCUGAGCGAGGCAGGCUGAAAGCAAACAGAGAUAGUCAAACUGCAAGAGAUUUAAAUGUAUAAUUGGUUUAAGUCUUGUGUUCACUACAGGCAACAACUUCAGAUAGAAGUACAUUAUUUUAAGCCAGAAUCUGUGCAGAAGGCUCAAACGGAUUAAUCUACAUCAUACAACAUUAAUCUUAAUCAUAUUUUAUGAAAGGUUUGAUGUAAAACAUUUAAUAUCAUUUGAAUGGAAAUCUAUUUGGCUUCUAGUCUUUUCAAAUAUGUUGGGUUUUCUGCUCAGCCCGAAGUUUAAACUCGUUUGCGUCCAACCCAGUAAGAAUACUAAUUAUCAAAAUCCGAUCUGUAAAGAGACACUAGCAGAAGCUUUUUCAGAGAUUAGCUGAUACAUCAACUGAAUGAUGAAAUGUUGUCAGCUUUAAAUUACUAGUUGGUUAAACAAAUUGCUGUUGUCAUUGUAGGCCUGAAAUCAUCAGUCAUGUGUGGUGUCUAAACUACAGCCCUGUCACCUUCAACUAGCUGGGCUGUCCCACCAAUUAUUGACGCAGAGCUCUACCGCUGUGAUCCAAACAAGCACAGAUGACAGAUGAUAUCUCGCAGCGUGGCACAAUUUGUCAGCGUUUCAAGCCAGAAAAUGAGGAUUAAGUUUCAUGUAGACUGGCGACACUGACAUACAACAAGUUGACAGGAGCGAUGCCCAGCCAGCACGGGCAUGUGGAAGUUAACCUGCAAGGAGAAACAAAGGCUUGUGGUGCUGGCUUUGCGUAUGUUGGCCACACUCUUUAAACCAAUAUGACCGUAUUUGCCUGCAGACUAUGUGAUCCUGCGUUUCUACUCAAAGACUUGUCAUUUGUCUUUAUUUUCUGUUGGCAUUACUACUCCAUCUGGUAAGUGCGUCAUAAACUAUAUCCUGACCUUAAUCUCACUAGCAAGCACUUGCUCUCCAAUGCUCUUUGUGCAGGUUUAGUAGCAAAAUUAAAGGUGGGGUAGGCAGGAUCUGAGAAAGUGCCAGUUUUGGGGAGAAAUCUUGAAUGUAAAUUCUACCCCUCCAAACCAGUUUUCCCCUCAGCUCCUCCUCUCCCCUCUCUCUCUGCUUAAGCAAGCCCCGCCCACAAAUAGACGCUCCUGCUUGCUUGUAUCGUUUCAAUUAAAUUCAGAUAUAAUGCAGAUAAAUACUUCAGAUAACUACAAAUGGGGCCCAGUCAAUAUGAAAGUAAAAAGCAUUGGUGCUACUGUAGAUGCCAACAGACUACCAGCAAACACAAUGUUUGCAGAACUUCUACAACUAGGAUGAAGUGACAUAGUCCAGGACCCGAGGUAAACAGUUUAGCGGCGCUACAACACGCUACAGCAGGUCCCGUUUGACAAGAAACACUUCUGUUACAGACACUUGGCUUACUUUGUUAAAGUGGUUUACCUGUCCAGCAGAAAGGUUACAGGGUCUGUAAGAUCCUAAAGUGCCCCCAUCAUUGUCGACCCGGCUUUUUUAGCUCUUGUCCGGUCCACCUCCUUUUUAAGCGCCUGUUAUUCCGAGGGAGCAGCAUCCGCCUGACUACCAAUCAGGUUGGGGGAGGCGGAGAACAGCUUUGUUUACAGUCAGAAAGAGCGGAGCGCUCAAAAAAUUUUAAAUGUUGACUACACAGACAAAACAAAACACAGCGAUAUCAUAUCGAUGACUAAUAGCAGUUGAUUGAUAUUAAAUGCUUUUUUGUACAUACACCACAAAAAAAGAUCCUGUUUUAACAGACUUCUGCCUACCCCUCCUUUAAGAGCCAAUAUAUGAUUUAAACACAUGGUGGGCACGUGGGAAUCAAAACACCAUACCAGUAUGUUCAUCUGAGCACAAUGUUGUCGAACUCCAGAAAUAAAAUAGUACAACACACAAGCUAAUGAGCAAAGAUUAAGGUGACCAGAUGUCCCCGAUUUCCAGGGACAGUCCCCGUAUUGGAUGGCCUGUCCCCGGCUAAAGCUAGAGAAAUGUCUCAGAUUUAAGCGUUUUAUAAAUGAGAACAAAAAUGUUGCAUGUAGACGAGAAUAACGGUUAUUAUGGUAGCUGAGUAGGUAGGAAGCACAAGUAAGCAUGUUGCGUGCAGUUCCUGAACAACAAUUUUUAUGGGGGGUUAUUACAGGGGCGUGCACUGCUACUAAGUAGUACCGAGAUGUUGUCUGUGAUCAUGCAGAUGUAUUUAUAUAUUUAAAAUAUGGUUGUACAAAUAUUAGUUGGACCAAAUUCUCCUCAGGUAUGUUAUUUAAGAGAUUUGCAGUCUGAAAUAUUUGUCUGACUCAGCAAGUACUCCCCCAUACGUCUCUGGCUUCAAUUAAUUGCCACUUGUGUACCGAUGUUUGUUGCAGGAUCAGAAUGAUUAAUAUUCAACACUUGAGUCAAUCUGUGUGUCGGAGGUUCUUCCAGCCAGAGAACUGCUAAUAAUGACCAACUGUCAGAGUGGAUUUGGCUUCCCAUCGCUCGGUUACUGAAGUUAGUGCAGUACAGCAGCUGCCGGAGCGGUGGGCUGCUUAUGAUAACAGGUGUCUCAUCCAUGGGCUUGUCGGCUGGUUGCCUUGGAAACAGAUGUUAAAGACCCUUCCUCCUGCCACUUGCUCACUUUUCUCUUGUUCAUCCACUUUGUUCCUCCACUGGUUGGUUCUGAUUUCUGAUUGUUUUCCUGUCCUUUCUGAUUGUCCCUCUAUUUUGAUCACUCUGAUCCCUUUUUGCUCUAUCGGGUUAUUCUUGUCUGCUUUAACACGAAUGCUUGUUUCUCUGACGUACUCUUUCUCACUCCCCACAGUUGCACCCACAGUGAGGAUUUUACCUCCCACGGGAAUUCUGCGGGAAGGCGACUCGCUCAGCCUCACCUGCUCCGUCACUGGGAACCCCCUGUAAGUACUACGAGUCGUUUCUAUUAGCAGCAAUUAAAAGCAGAAAUGAGAGGAAGAACUGUCUGUUCUCCAAACGUUUGCUGUUCUUUGAAAAGUGAGUUAAAACCAACUUUUUAACAACAACAAAAAAACUCACGAAGGAUAAUUUGAGUUCAUGGUUAUUCAAGGUACAAAUACACUUUUGUUGAACUUCAAAAAGUCGUUUGAAAAAGAAAUAGAAUCAAAGCUGCAUUCACCUUCCAGAAAUCUGACACUGACACAUUUACCGGCAGGCACAAAACGCAGUUUAAGAAGCUAUUUUGGGUUGUCAUGCAUUAACGGUGUGAUUUGCAUUUUCUCUCCUGCCACGAUACAUUUCUGACAAAAUAAUCAGACCGAAUAAAAGGUUCGUCUCCACAAAGCACGAGAGUCUCGACAAAUCAGCUUAAGAAAACACAAAAGCCUUUGACUGACAACAACACGCGGGGGGUUGCCAAGUUCAAUGACAACCCUUACAAACAUAAAAUUUCUUAAAAUGGUAAUUUGGGAAAGUGAGUACACACAUUAGAUGGUGUUGGGGAAUUGUUCUGAGCCGCUGUGAGAAUGAGAUUUAGGUCGUAACAUCACCAAACAGCUGGUAGCUGCAGGUAGCAGUCACACAGGCAGAUAGAAGCCUGGAGGGCUCUGCUUUCAUUCUGGCAAUCUGUUUGAGAGUAAAAUUGUUACUGGGUGUAGAUGAGUUCAGUUUGUGCUUUUACUCAGAGCCCCUUUCUGUGUGUCAGAGUAAAAUAAGCAUGAAUUCAGCUACCUGCAAUGAUUGCAAACCAAAGUCCUAUAUUACUUUCAGCACAGACUGAAGGGUGUGUUCAGGAAUAAGUCAGACAUGUACAAAAAUUAAAAAAUAUAUCAAAGUGUUUCCAGACCCUGAACAAAGAAACACACAGCAAUGAAUAAGCCUAACCCUGAUGGAUGUUUUUUGAGUUUUUCUCAACAUUGUGCAAUGACAAACAUGACACUUAUUGUAGGUCUUUGUCUGAUACUGUGUUGUCUUACUGUUUAGGGUGAGUGGGACCCCUUCAGUUUGUGUCAGGGUUUGCUCACCCUGCAGGGAUUCUAAUUUGCAUAAACACCUGUUCUCUGUAUAGGAUGCAGCUUUUUUGUUUUCAACUGUAACUGCAAAUUAUUAGCUGGAGGAUCAUCUGGCCCCUUAAAUUCCACCCAGGGUACUAAUUCCAUGGCAACAGACUCCAGUUAGCUUCGUUGCAGGGUGAAUUAACAUUGAACAUAUAAUUUCACAACUUAGCAUGUUAAAACAUUAGCUUACUUGUUUAUCAGAAUACCCCAAACUUUACAUUUUUAUUGUCUUCAUUGUUAGACAAGAUGAAUAGGACCUUUGCAGGAAUACUUAUGCUACGCGUCACAUACUUAUUGUGAGAAUUUCCCAGUUUGGGAUCGAUAAAGUCUAUCUAUCGAUCUAUCUAUCUAUCUAUCUAUCUAUCUAUCUAUCUAUCUAUCUAUCUAUCUAUCUAUCUAUCUAUCUAUCCAUCCAUCCAUCCAUCCAUCCAUCCAUCCAUCCAUCCAUCCAUCCAUCCAUCCAUCCAUCCAUCCAUCCAUCCAUCCAUCCAUCUGUGUUUCUGGAUUCAGAUUCUGUUAUUUCUGUAAAAUAGAAAAACAUUGUAUAUUUAAAGCUCUUGUAAGAUGUUUUUUUUCAUGUUAUGAAAUUGACUUAAACUUAUCCUGAUGCCUUUUCAUUGUAUCCAAAAGCAAACAAGACUUUGUGAGACAAGAUUGAUUAUUUUUUUACUGUAGUUUUUAUGGCCUGAAACUGGUGGGGGUGGAGUAGGUCACAGCUGAAGAGUGAAUCCUGUUUUUUUACAAUUGUCAUAUGAAAUAUUCACGAUAAAUGAAACAUUUAACUGUGAAAAGUCAGCUGGAUAAGUUUACUGAAGAACAAGAACAAGAAGUUUAUUGAUCUCCAAAAGGAAAUUCAAUAAGUAUGUAGAGGACAAGAUAAUCACUGACUGCUUCAUCUACAGACAGCUCUAAAACAGACACAAACCUAAAGUUCCUCACAGGAGGUUUUAAGAACAUUUAUCAGCCUCCCUUAUGAGAAAAUUUGGGGUUUCAAAAGUGUGACAGGGAUUUUUCUUUUUUCCUUCAUUAUUAAAAAUAAACAUUACUUUUUCUUAUUAUUACAGAUCAGCAAAAAUGUAUUUCAAUGAAUGGAAGAAAAAUACAACAAAAACAUAAUUACAGUGUAAGAUAAUAUCAUGGUUAUUAUGGUUAUUACAGCAGGUAAUGCUGAACGCUGUUGACCCUUCACCACAAAUCAAGAGGCUACAUGGUGACAUUCCUCCACCUCUUCUUGUUCAGCCAACAUUCGUCGCUUUAGGAGACAGCAGUGCAUUGUAAACAGCACAAUCCCUCAUAUUCACAUCGUGUUAAAGUAAAUGCUUUGUCGUGUUGAUAUACUUUCUCUCUAGCUGCACAUUUUGCAGUGCGUCAUUACUUUAUUUAGAGCUUCUUGGUCAAACGUCCGAUCGCUUGCCACACUCUGCCGUGAUUCUCUUCAAAAAACGGUAAAAAUUACAUAAUAUACUGCGGCACACAGAAGGUCAUUAUGGAUAAGUAUAACUUUUGUAGGCUGCAAAAUCCUCACUGUGAUUUAAUCCUCAAAUAUGUAUGUUACCAGUAAGACAAGUAGAGGAUCUAGCUUGACUUUACCCUGUCAGAGUUGUUUGGUGCCCAGUUGUUCCUAAGGCAGCUGUCACAUCCAGCUGUCAUUAUUUCCCAACUCUUCAGACCUUUUUUCCUCAGUGUGUUUUGAUUUUGAAUGCAUAUGGCAACAGUGAUGCUAACUCUACCCUUAUCUGUUCUUGGCAGUAAAUGAAACUGAGUGGACACUGACAGCUUUUCCAGAUAUACUGUUAAUAUUUUAGGUUGUACCAACAAAAAUCCUUUCCUCCUUAAAAAGUGUUGUGGAAAUAUCCUUGAGUCGCCACCACCUGCACUAUACAGACAUUCACUGACUGCAGUAGAGAGCAGUAUUGAAGAAAAAUACAAGCUUAUCACCUUUUUACACAAGAAAACUUAGAAACUAUGAAGAAAAAGGGGGAUGUUUUCUUUAGAGCUGAAAAUAGCUGGCAGUUAAAUGACAGGCAAACCACUUCUUUUUUAUAAAGUGUUGUUCAAAUCAACUCUUAGCUGACCUCUUUCUAUAUAAUUACCAGCCUACAUAAUUCCGCAGUUCUCGCCUGGAAACUUCAAGUAAUUACCAAGUACUCCUAAUCUAAAACAACUCCAACAUAUUCCCCUAUAAUUACUGCAGGAUCUCGGGGUUCUUUCUGAGAUCUGUCCUUGGAAACGAGGAGGAAAUUGAGCACAACCACAUGCUGUCCUGCACAAAUGAUGCAGGAGCCCCAUUGGGCCAAUCAAUCUAAAAUGCCUCAUCUGUUGGAGUACAAUUGAAGUUAAACCAAGGGUGUCUAAUAGAUCACAUGUGCAUUUUCAAUGUAACUACAAUCAUCAAACAAAACAGGAAAUUUCACAAAGAUGAAAGCUGAGUGCGGAGAGGCAUUUUGCUUUUAGAUUUAAUUGAAAUCACACAGUGCUGCUCCCAAGAAAUUACAUUCAUUUACAACAAAAUUGCAAAAGCAUAUAUGUUUUGGUUGACACAGAACACAGUCAGAAUCACAUUUUCUAUCAAUAUAAUGAAGAAACGUCAGCGCAAGUGAGAAACAUUUUGAUAUUACAUUUAUUGAUAUGGUGUUUACUACCAACUCAGAUGACUGGUCUGAACAAAAGCAUGCAAUCUUUUGCCCUAACUACUGUUAAAAGUGCUGCAGCAGCUUAUAAGUCAAGUUUGCUCAAAGGGGAACAUAACAUUGGAGACAUUUGACACUAUUUUUAAUUUAUAUCUAGCCAAAGUAAUAGUCAUUUACUAACCUGAACUUAAGUGGUGUCACUGUUAAUGGAUGCCAUGCCUGGCAAAGGGGAGCUUUGGUUAUUUAUUGUGUUUUUUUAUGCCAGCAGCAGCAGUAGCAGCUUUGACCACAUAAUCUAGCAACAAUUAUUAGAUUACAAAAGCUGCCCCACAACACAAGUGAUGGUGAAGUCUGUUUUAAAGCUCUAAUAAGGAACCUUCAGUUUGUGUCGAUUUUGGCGCCCCCUGUAGACAAAGUAGUCUUUGCUUAUCUUGUCCUUUUUUUUCGACAAAAUCUCAUCCUGCUGCCUUUUGAUGAUCAAAUACUUUAUUUAUACAAUUUUAUUAAAUUGCCAAACCAGUUUCAUGCAUUAAAAUGACAAGAUACAAAUGCAUCAAUUUGAUUUUCAGUCUCAGUGUUAACAAAAACUCCUUAGAGUAGCUUUAAUUUUCAUAUUUGCUAUUAUUUAUCUAAUUACAAAGAAAAGAUUUAAAAUAAUUAUAUCAAUGUUGUUGUAGUAUAACAAUAGCUCUUUACCUGAAAAAUAUAUACAUGAAAAAAAAGUAUAGUUGGUUUCCACUCCCUGCAAGCUAAUAUUGGAAGUCCCGCCCCCUCUUUAUUGUAAUUGGUCAGUGAUAGAGAAGUGACAUUAACAUAAUACAAUGGUGUUUCAAAAGUUUGAGGGUGCUCUGAGCGCAGCAGCAAAGACAGCUGGUUAAAUGGGCCUUCUUGCCUUAGGGCACUGAGCGCAGAAAACACUUAACUACAUCAGUUUUGUACAGAAAAUAAACACAGCAAGCACCAAAACUGGAGUCAGGGGACACACACCCUAAUGUUCUACACAUUGUUCUCCCUCUAUCCACCCAGAUUUACGUCCUGGCAACUCCGGUUUGGUACUCAACAUCCUGUUUGAUUAAAUCUAAAAUAGUUGUCCUACAUUUAAAAAGCGGCAGUGCUGGAGGAGCUCCACAUUAUCUGCGGGAUCACUGAAAGUUCAGCGUUUAUGAAAUGUAUAAAACAACAUAAUCCAUAUUUAAAUGCAUAAAGGCCGAAGAGAAAAGCAGCUCAAGGCUGAUCACAAACUUGUAUGUGUCUGUCUGUGUGUGGGUACAGCUUCCAAACCAAAGCAGUCGUCAACACUAUGAGUGCCAGAUCUGAAACAAAUCCUGUUCCCACUGUGUUCACAUCCCUUUGUGCACUUUCCAGGAGGGUAUUGGGUCCUAAGCUCCUAAACCCUGUCCUCGAUGGUCCGUCUGUCUGUGGGCACCAAGUCCACCAAAGCUCCCCCAAUACAGCUCAGGCAGCCAAAGUAUGUGUGUGUGUGUAUGUGUGGGUGUGUGUUAGUGUGUCAGUGUGUUAGCUAAGUGAAACCCCACAGUGAGGACUGGCUGACGAUCGUAUUGGCUGAAGCUCCAAUAAAGCUUUGUAACGGCUGGUCAGAGAUACUGUGUGUGUUUUUGUGUGUGCGUGUCUGCGUGAUGCAUGCAUGCACGUGUGAUGACGAGAAAUGGGACAGGAAGCCACGCAGGAGUCUGACCCUUAUCCCACGCUGGACUGCACACACACACACACACACAUACACACACAUGCAUUGCAGCCACCUCCUUUGCUCCCUUGCCCUCCUAACAGCCUGUUAAGUAUUAAUGACCAAUUAUAUGCCACUUCCUCUUUGUGGAGGGGGACUCUCAUUGUUUUCAAGGAGCGAUGGAGACGACAUUUUGUCAUUUUGCUUAAUUGCCUGCUUGUUUAUGUGUUAGCCUUUGAAGGAAUUACUGCAUGUGGGAGUAUAAUUUGUGUUUGUGUGUAUUGUAGAGGGAGGGAGAUUUUGUUUGUGCGUGUUAGAAAGUGAGUGUGUGUGUGUAUGCGUGUGUGACUAAGCAAGAAAGAGGUCUAAUUAGACGUCCUGGGGGAUUAGAACUCAGAUGAGUCAGGUUUGUAAUCUGGCCGGGGUGGCAGGAGCCGUGAUACUCUCACACUCACACACACACACACACACACAAACACACAGCUUUGCUCCCCAGGAUGUCUCUGUAAUCCUCGCACCUCCUGUCUGCUCUGCCUUGCUCGUCUUUCAUGACCAAUUCAUUUUGUCUGCUCCCUCCCUUCGUCUCCCACCACCACGUCUCUUCUUCUUUCCUCCACCUGUAGUAACACUCCUCUUGUCCCCUUUUUUUCCCUCACCCCACACAUCUGACACCCUAAUUCUCUCUCAUCUACCUCCCUGUCCCUCCUGCCAACCCUUUCACACCAUGGCUGCCCUCUGACCAUCAAUCUCCUCAUUAUUUGUCAGGAUACAACCCUCUUACGCCAUUGGCUGCUUCUUCAAACCCCUUUCAUACUUUCUUCUCAUGUCAUAGUCCCCCCGCGGGCUUCUAACCCUCCAUCUUCACCCUCUUUUUAUAGCAAUCCCUCAGUGCCUGAGCUCUGAGCUUUGAUCCCUUGUCUCCUUUCACUCUAAUUUUUAAUACCCUUUAGCGGUUAAGCUUUGCCGAAAUGUCUUGAACACUGGUAGUAAUGUUCAAGCGUAGUUAGAGAGGUAAUUUUUUUGAGUUUGCAAGUUGCUCCCUUUUAAACUCCAGUGUAAGCUCAUUAUACUUAUAUUCUAUCAAUCUGAUAAUUCUCACUGCAGCGAAAGAAAAGACGACUUUGAGGAACUCGAAAGCUUCACAAGCAUGUGUUGAAUCACUUAAACUGUUCCGGUGCAUAAAGACAGAUAAAGACAGUUUUAUUCUCCGAGCCAUAAGCACACUGUGCUGCAGUACACACUGUCCUGUCACACCCCACUGACGCUCACACCUUCAGUGUCUGGGGUAUUAUUCUCUCCUCCGGCUCCCCACUACACAUUGUGCGUUAACUGUUUUUCUAUAAGAAUAAUACGUCUGAGUGUUUGUGUAUUUGUAUUUUUCUCCUGAUGUAUAAUAAACCAUUAAAUGCACAACAUGCAAUAUACAGUACUUUAACUACUGUGCAAUUUGCAGGACAUAAUGCGCACUGUUCAGCACAUUACGUACAACACAAUUCACAAUAAUAACCUCGCAAUUUACAGUACUUUACCUGUGGUACAAUGUACAUUAUCCACUGUGCAAAAAUAUAGUCCACUGUGCACUAAAAUUAUCAACCGUGCAGAGUAUAGUCCAUUGUCUUCUGUGUAGUUUACAUUGUGUGCUGUUCAUUCAGCAUUAUUUACAGUUAAAUCAACAGUACAAUAUCGACUAUGCAAUUAUUAACAUUAUUAAGAGUGCAGCAUUAGCCUUGGUAAUAAAUUUGACCUGAUGUGAAAACCUCGAGUCUUAAUUGUGUAAUAUACAUAAUAGGAUCUCCUCAGGCAUAUACAUAAUUAAAAACAUUAGCAGCUAAAUGUUGCAUGGCUGUAAAUUUAAAGAGACAAAGCGUGUUAUAAAUCCUUCACAUGUAAGCUGCUAGCAACUGAAACCUUCUCUCUUUCUCUCUCUCUCUCUCUCUCUCUCUCUCUCUCUCUCUCUCUCUCUCUCUCUCUCUCUCUCUCUCUCUCUCUGUCUCUCUCCAGGCCCAGGAACAUUCAGUGGUCAAAGAUUAACGACACCUUACCCGAAAGGGCGGAGAUUUCUGGCCCCACCUUUCAGAUUUCCCGUCUCAGCCAAUCGCAUAACGGGACGUACCUGUGCCAGGCUCAGAACAACUACGGUCGCGCCGCUGAUCACUACACCCUAUUGGUGUAUGGUGAGUAAACAUGGCUGCAUUUAUAUAUUUCAUCGGACGAGCUUUAACAGUUUGAUUCUGCGGAUCUUGUGUUUUCAGUUUUAUUCUUGGCAUCUCAGAGUGAAUAAUUCUAAAUUCGAAGGAUCUUUUGUUUGUCACAGUCCUCUUCUUGUUUUUUUGAUGAUGUUUCUAAAGAAAAAUCUUGAAUUUUCUGCGUUUUUCACACCGUCUUUGGAGUCUGGCUAUUCCUACAUCGGGCAACAGACCCAUUAAAUGGGAUGUUUGUCUCAUCUGUCUUUCAGCUUUUAUUUGUUUUCCUGAGUUGGUUCACAGCAGGAAACCUCUGCUAAACCUCCUGUGCAAUUGAUUCAGCUGAGAUAUUGAUCCCACAAGAAAAUGUUGGCUGCCGUGCUUAGAUACUAGUCACCAACAUCAUUAUUCAAGCUGUAUCUUGUGGAGAACCAAUUCAUCUUAUCCCCUGUGACCCUAUCGUCUCUAAGAGGAAUUCAGAGUAACUUAAAUCAUCAGCUGGAAUAAAUACAGAUACAAGAAGUUGGGACAAGUGGAUAAAAGCAGAAUAAAAGCAAACACAUAAAGGACAACGACAGUAGGUGAAGAGUUUUAAUGCACUGCUGAAUCUGUUGAAAUUUUGAGUUACUGGCGGAAAACAACAGCGAGGCAUAUGUUGCGUUUAAUAUUCAGGCGAUUCAUUUUUGUUUGUUGCUGGAGUUGAAGUAUCAGAGUGUUGUGGAGGAGAAGAUGUGGGUAGGAGGCUUUUGUUGUCCAAGUUUUCCAAGACGCUUCACCAGGAUUCAGUUGUGGUUUCUGAAUUCUUAAUGACGGCUGGCCCAGAAAAACUGCACACCAAGACUCAAAGGCGAUGGCGCCGCGGCUUUCGUCUCUCGCCAUAAAGUUAUCUUUCAAAGCAGAAGUGACAAAUUAGACAACUUUCUGUCAGAGUUUGACGCACAUUUGAAAAAGAAAACAAGGUUUUUGGUUCAUGUGAGUGUGGUCUAAUCCACUCAUGAAACACUUGGGUAAAUUUGCAGUCAAAUAAGCACAAAAUCGAGAUCGGGUGGGUUUUUAACGGAGCGAGAUCGUCAUUAGAUGGAUCUGCUGUUUCAUAUCCAAUGCGCUUGCAUUUGGCCCUAAUUACCCGCACACUACUGUCGCUCAGCAGGAUUGCCCUUUUGAUCUACACCCCCCUAUGGCUGCUCCUGUCACUGCGCCCGAGCACCUGAUCAGGAGAUCAGAGGCAGAGGCGCCCAUGGAGGGAAUAGAGACAUGAUAUCUUAUGUAACAUUUUAGGCUGCUAUUGGAUAGUGCCCCCUCAUCUUUCCAUCACACUAACCCUCGCUUUCCCUCAUUCACACGCACGUACACGAUUAGUCCUCGUACGUGCACGUCUCGCUUCAAACAGCACGCGUAAUGGCAGCUUUCCACAGGCAUCCAGGGUGGCAACAGUAGCAAGAUGAAAGGUGACAUCCCCUCCCACUUCCCCUCCCACCCGCCACUGCUCUCUGUCUUCGUGUGUGCCUUUUUUUUUCUCGCUCUCUCUCCUCGAAGGUUAGAAACGUUGAGCUUUGAUGUGCGUUGCCACCACUGUAAAAAAUGUUCCGUCUUUCUCCAUCCUCCUCAGCUCGCCUCCUGUACCAUUUCUCAGCUGUCAUCUUCAUUUGUUUUCCUCCGUGCCCAUUUCUUCUCCCCCACAUUUCAUCAUUCAUCUUCUUUAUUUCAUCCCAUUGCUCUUUGCUGAUCAUUAAUUUGAUUUAUCUUGCUUUUUUUCAUUUCUUAUCCUCUUUCUUUCCUUAAAAAAUGGUACAUUUAAAGUUAAAAAAAAUAUAUCUUGCUUCAAAACCAAAAUCCAUAAAAGACCAGAGCAUAUAAGCCAAGCUUUGGCUCGUCUGCUCUGCGGAUUUCCAGCAAUCAGUUUCUUAAAUCCUCCCGCUGUAGCCUCACAUCAGAAAUGUUUUGCUGUACUUCAAAAAAAAUGCUCCUGCCCACUGGGUUGAUUGUUUCAAACCUUAUCUUAAAAGCUCAGGGUUGUUGAUUCAGCCAUCAAAUUAACGUGCAGACGACUGUAAAUUACUCUUAACUUUCCUCCGAGUCAAAGCUAAUCAUCUUGCGGACUCGGUGCUGAUUCUUAUCAAGAAAUGUCAAAUUGAGUCUUUGCAUAUAGGUGAUAAUUAAAGUUAGAAGUGCCUAUGUGUUUUCUGUACAUCGCUGCAAGAGCAAAUCAAACCUCCGUCUGUGUAGGUUUUCACAGCAGCUGGUGAAGUGUUUCUUCCUGACGAUUGAUCACAAAGUUCAUCAGUCAGUUUUGAAAAGAAAUAUGACUCCUCUCUCUGUAAAAUAUGCUAAAGUGACUCAUAACUCCAAACACUUAUCCACAGCCUGCUUUUUAGUGUUCCUGCACCCACAGAGUUACAGUAGGUGUCUUACUUUUCAGUUUUUUAUUUCAAAAUGUGAAUAUCUCGUUUUGUGGCGAGGCUCUCCGCUUACCUACAGAUUUUAGAGGUUAGAAAAAAACAUAAAAUAUCAUCCCACUCUCUCUUAUCUUCUCUGUUGGCAUAUUUUCUCUUCCAGUCACAACAAUUUCAACCGCUCCCUCUCUCUUUCUCCUACCGCUGUUUUCCUCUAUCCUGUGUUGCGUCUUCUUUACCUCACUGUCUUUUGACUCAGCCCGCUGUUCUCACCUCUUUUACACCACCUGUCCACUUCCUCAUCUCCCUCAUCUCCUCCCACACCCUUUCAACCGUUUUCACCUUGCAACCGCUUUGCCCUGCGCUCUCGGUUCAGCUGCAGUUCAGUGUCUUCGCUCUGAGAAGGCCAAGAUUUCUGACAGGACGGCGCGGCGAGAGAGAGGGGAGAGUAACUGCGGGAGGAGGGGGAGAAAGAUGGAGGGAGGGAAGAAGGACGACGGAGGUCGGAGGCAGGUUAACAUUCAGUGCUGCAGCUUGUCAGAUAAACGGGAUGUCAGUUGAGUUGGCUUCUAGCCUUCCCAGAGGGAAUCCCAGGAUGCACUGAGGGAGGGGUGAAAAAAAGGAGGGAUCGCUGGAGGAUGUGUGUAAUAAAGGAUGAGUCAGCAGAAAAGGAAUGAUUUUAUUGCAGGUGCAGAAAAACUAGCAGCGCUCCCUCUCGUCUCUCUCCUUCCAUCUCAUUUUAUGUCAACCUUCCCUCUGUGAGAGUUAUCUGCCAUCAGGGUCUGAAUGCCGGGUACAAACUCAGGAAAAAUGUGUCUGCCAAUUUGUCGCAGGUGCUUUAGGCGCUGCUACUCUGUGAAGGGAGUCGAGCUUAAUGCUGGCACAGUAGAACAGAGAGCGAGGAGAUGCUCCUGGGAGCGCAGACCGCUGCAAAGUUGUGAUGCGUCAAAGCUAAGCUUUAUUUGACUUCACGGUCACACGUUCAACUAGGAGUAUGAGUCUAUUGGCUUUAAUGAGUUAUUAUCUCGACACGCAGGUGCAGGCAAGGGAUUUCAACCUGAAGUGUUGUGCAGCAAUAAAGAAAAUCACCUCUCUUUUGUCUUGAGAUGCUGGUUUAAAGGGCAACACAGAGAAAACGAAGUCCUGGACCAGAGUCCUUAUUACUGGCUAUACUGUGAGCCCCAGAAAGCUGUUCAGCGCUCCCAUCAUGAGCUUUAGUUACGUGUACAAUACGUCUUCAACCAGAUUAAAAUCAUUCCGUUCAGACAGUUCAACUUCUCUGCUGGCAUGGUUGCAAAAUAAAGAGAUCUGUUGAAAGUAUGCAGCGAAAACAAGAAGAAUUGAAUCCAAGUGAAACCAUUUCGACGUGCGCAGAGUUGUACUUCAGGUAGAAUCUGCCACAAAUAGCAGAAGAAAAAGAGUGUUUGAUUUGCAGAAACAGGGUGUUCUACCACAGAGUACAUCCAGUUAUACGGAGAAGCUUGGUGGCACAUUUGUCUCUUUUGCAAACCAAAAUAAAAGUUCUGCAGCACAGUAUCAGAACAUGCUACCCAUACUCUGAAUAUGAAAAUGAAGAUUUGAUGAUAUAACCUGAUAUUAUAGCUUUUUUUCCAACAUCCAAGUUCUUUUAAAGGAAAAUAAGAUACAUCAGCUGAAGACUAGUUCUGCUUUGCCCCUGCUAUGGUCCUAUUCUUCCCCACAACAGCCAUGUUUAUAUCAGCAAAAUUUUCUUGAUCCGGUUAAGAGUUUGAGGGAUCGGUAAAUCUGAAUCCACUGUUGAUAUGGGCGCAAAAAUCAAAUAAUGUGUGUAUACAUGCACCAAACUUUAUUCAGAUUAGAAGCAUUUGGACAUGCGCAGAGUUGUCUGAUUUUGCUAAAACAACUGCAGAAGAAGAAUUGUAUUGACGCCUGUGCUGUCAACAAACCAACAAACGCCGUAGUGGCUCACUUCAUCCAACUCAGGAUGUUCCCCCCAGUUAAAUGUUGUCACUAGAUGGCGCCCUUGCGCACUUAUUUUACUGUUUUUUCAAAGGUUGCACUGUGCGUGCAGAUGUGACAUCAUUACGCUGUAUGUACGCCUUGUUGUGUUCUUGGAAGGGGGAGGUACACACCUGUUGAGUGUUAAUAAUGAAACUUCAUGUACUGACCUCAAUAAAUAAGCCAAAAGCUAAAGCGUGAAGACCGAGUCAGGUUUGAGAGUCACGAUCGGAAUAAGUGUUUACAUGGACGUGUUUCAGAAUAACGAUCGGUAUAAACCAAUCCUCUCAUCCGGAAUACAAUUUCUUUCGGAUUGAGCCGAAUUGGAUCAGAAUUUUCCAAUCGACAUGUUUACAUGAUGCAUUUUUAUUCCGAUAGUUUCUGCCCAUGUACACGCAGCUAAAGACACACUGGCCCUAUACAGGCUUUCUGAAUGAUUCUACCGAUAACAGGAAGAUGAAGUGUUUACACGAAUAUUGAUCCCAAAUACACCAACCGUCGAUGUCAGGAUUACAUUUCUUUGUGAGUGAAUCAGAUCAGAGCAGCUUCUUCUGCCUGAUUAUUUGCAAGAAGCAUUUUCCAGCUUUAAUUGGCCUAUGUAAAAAUAGCUUACGUCAGCUGGUAGCAUAUGGAUUCCUGUGUUUGUGUUAAUGAUCCUCAAGAGGAAUGAGAUAUUUUUCAUCGUAGUGCACGUAUAGUGAGUUUCACAACUUAAGAAUGAAAUUAACUUUUCUGCAGCUUCCAGAAAGACGUUAAUGUUCUAAAUAUGGAAAAUAUGGUCGAAUGAAUCACGGAGCAGAAACACACAGAGCGAGUUUCUGCAGACUGUGUAAAGGAUGCGGCCUCCGCUGGUUGUUUCAUCUCUGUGCCACCAUUGUUAAACACAAAUUGGAUUUUUUUUUUUUAUGCGUGUGUCUAUACACAAAGGUGCACGUGAAAGCGUGUGCAUGUGACUCAGAGGAGAAUGUUCCAGAUUGUCUGCUGAAAGCCUGGAGGGCUCCCUUAUGUAAUUGAACUGAACUGCUGCACUCAGAUGAAUCGCCAAGCCAAUAAAACCCAUUAGAAUUGAAUUGCAUGAGAGAGUGUGGGAGAUGCAGAGACAGAGAAAAAGAAAGAAAGAAAGAAAGAAAGAGAGUGAGUUGGAGAGGUAGAGGUGUAGAGGAAAGAACUGUUUAUCUGCAUAGGUAAGUCAUAUACAUACAGUAUGUGUACUUGACUUUGUGUUUAUAUACCUGUAAGGGAUAAACACUGGUGGUCUUAUAGAAUGGCUCCUGGUGAAGCAGAGUGGAGUAAAAGAAAGGAAAAAAAUGACGGGUACAUGGAGUAAAGAAGGGGGAUACGAGCUGACCAGGGAUUAGUCUGUGUCUCCUCGGUUGUUGUAAUGAGCCGUCAGGAUAAUUGGAAUGAAAAACACAGACCUCCAUUUAAUGAAGUGAGACUUUCACAAAAAAAAGAAAAAAAUGUGGAAUGAGAGUGAAAGUGAAAAUAAGUUGGGGGCUUGUGACUAAGGAAGCCAGACGGAGAUAAUGAUAAUGCAGAGUCAAUUUUGUUCGGGAAACGUAGUACGGAGAACUGUGAACCUCGCCACAUGACAAACACAGCUCUAUCGGGGGUCUAAGAGAAUUUUGAUCGAGUCUUCAGCCAAUCAGUGUUGGCCUCUCUGGCCUCAGCUGUGGACCUCUGACCAGUGGCCAGCAUUCAUUUCACUGAUUGACGGCUGGAGCUACCACUGCUCCGGGCAAGGCCUUCUUAUAAUCAGGACCAGCGAACAUGAAGGAAUAACAGGACUCAUCCAAAAUGGCAGCAGCAGCAUCCUCAGGCACACUUCUGCCAGAAUGAGAUACGAGGAGAAACGUCAUUAUCGCGAGUGCCGCCACAUCCAUCCCUGGAAAUAACAUGGGCUGUGUGCCUGAUUGGCAGCCAUAUAGUGUUAAUGAAUAACAAUAUGAUGUUGAAAAAAAUGACGCUAUCGGCCAAGAGUACGACAGCUGUAUGGCAUUCUCCUUAAUUAAGUUGAAGAGAGGCUGUGAGGGAGCGAAGUCACGGAGGAAUGAAACCAGAGACGCAGACAAAUGAAGAAGAAGGAGGAGGGGUGUAAAUGAGGGAAAAGGAGUCUGGCUCAAGAAGAAGAAGAAGAUGAACCGUGAGAGGAAAGGACAAAAAAACAGUGGAAGGAAGAUUUUUUAAAAACUGGAAGUAUAAGAAAGAACACUUUUAGAUCAUGAGGAGAAAUUAAUCAUGGUCCAGUUAAUUAUCGCGGUGCCCCCAGCCAUUAAUCCUCAGGCCUAUAUGACAACCACUCACACACACACACACACACAAGUAUCCACACAAACGCACAAGUGCAGCUGCAGAUACACAGUCUGAGGUAACUGUUGGGUAAUUUUUCCGUUUUCUUUCUCCCUUACUCUAUUUCUAAGAAAAACUCACUUCAGCCUUUUGUCUCCCCCACAAAAUACUCGGUGCAUCAUGUACAGUUCUUUACGAGGAGACGACCGCGUGGGGCUUAAAGAAAAGAAAAAAAGAAGUAACAGAACGGGGGAGGUAUAGUGCUGACAUAAGAAGAGUGCAAAAAGAGAUUGAUGAUCUCAGGGCCAGAGGGAGAGAGGGAGGGAAGAGACAGAGGAAUACUUACCAAUAAAUUACUCCUGAGCAGGAAAGGGCAGUGUGUGCAUGUGCGUUUGUGUGCGUUUGUCUUUGAGGGUGUGUAUACAUGACCAAUUAUGCUUCUUAGUGUUGGUGGCUUGUGUAUGUGUGUGCACACGCCUGAGAGACUUUAAUGUACGAGUACACGAUCAGCAUUAUGUGUGAGUAUGUGUGCGUUUUCUUUAAGCACAUGGAAAUCUUUGCAAGUUUCCGUUUUACAGAGAUUGUUUGAUAUAGCGGCGUGCUUUUCACUUCUUAAGUGCCAACACGCUCACACAGACACGCUUUCACACCCACUCCUUCAUCCUUUCAGUUCUCGUCAGCCAUUAUUUUUGUCUUUAACGCCAAUAUGAACUUGUCUCUUUCUGCCUCUCUCUACCUACCAUUGUGUCUCAGCCAUUGAUUUCAGAGAAUGUGUCAAGAUCCAAGCUAUUGUUCUCUAUCGAAUGAUUCAGUCCCUGCAUGGCACCGUCCCAUUGGGAAUGCAUCUGUCACAGACAAUGUCUCUGUCUCUCCUGCCAUUGUGCCAUAGAAAAUGUGUCAGUGAUAGAGAAUGUGUUCCUAUAUAUUCCGAUUGCUGCAUCGUAGAUGAAUGUCACGCUGCCAGGUGUAAUUCUCCUCAGCCCCUGCUCUGAAGUGUGUCUCUCCCAUUGUAAACGUCUUCUUUAACCCCCUCUGUGGGCCCACAGGCCUGCCAGAAAACACCAUUUGUCCGUGUCCUUAUCGCUUGUCAGGAGUCCAGAUCGAUUCCAUUUCGCACAAACAGUCAAUUUGGGAAAAUAAUUAGCAACAUUUGUCACUCGUAUCGAAAUGGCAUCAGCCUGGGAUGCUGAUCAGCAUAUUUGAAAUAACUCUUCCCUCCAGUUGUUGCAUUUUUCUCUUCCUCUCUCUUCUCAAAACUUAUUACAAUAACCGAACUCCCUCUGGGACGAUUGUCUAAGAGCUUCAUAGAGCUGGAUGCUGAGCUAUGGUAGCCUGUGAGAGUCAUUAUUAUUCAGCAAUAAUAAAGCAUGUGUCCUGUUUUAUGUGCCGUCGUAACUUGCCUGUAAAUCCUGCAUCCCCUUUGUUGAAAUGUCACUGCAUGUUUGUAGCGUUUGUGUAUGUGCAUUUGUGUAUUUGCUAUCCCAUUCCCUGUCUGUCUGUAGAUAAUGUGUCAAUCACUACUACGGUCCCUCCUACUCCUACCACCCAACCAAUCACCUCCCACCCCACCACCCCAACCCGCCUAAUACCCAGAGUCUACCCGGACCCCACAGGUAACACACACACACGCUUUUUUUAUUCCGCCUGUGCUAUCUCUGCUCGACCUUCCCUGCUCUCCUUUGGUGUCUUUCACUCCCAUACUCAUUUGAUGACUCUCAGGUGGCCUACACACACACACACACACACACACACACACACACACACACACUUUCCCCUAUAACCUUCCUUUGCCCUGCAUCUACAUGAGCGUACGUGCCUGCAGAUGCUCUAUGUGCACAAACACCAUCCUCUCUCUUUCUUUCUUAUCACUUGCUCUUUGAUGCUCCACACACACACACACACACACACACUGCCCAGUCAGCAUUUGUGUAUGUGUGUGGUUUGAGAAGCUUGGUGUCUUGGUGCUUGGUGAGUACUGAAGAUGAAUCUGCGUGAGGAGUUGAAGGAAACCGGCAAGACCCUGCAGGCUUAAGCCGACCGACGCCGGCCACUGGAGAGACGGGGGGGGGAUGCUACACAACCGAUUUAUCUGCAUACACACACGCGCACGCAGAGAUACAGAGAGUUAGAGAGAAAGAACUAAAGAAAGAAAGAUCAGGGAUCCAGGUGGUUCUCUAAUCGUUUCCCCCAGAUGAAUGCCGCACAGCAGGAGAAAUAAAGUCUGCUUGGCUCACACUCCGCUAUCCUUUCUUUCCAUACCUUCAGCUGCUCUGUGUCUCCUUUUCUUUAAGGGGAUAUGAAGCGGGGGGAAACAGAGCAUCUUUCUUGAUCUUCUUUAGCUCCUUCUGCCUCCUGCUGCAGCUAGAGGUUGUUUUCCUGCCGGGCAUAUGUCAUAAAGAGUCAGAAGAUGAGCGGCAGCUUGAGCAGUUUAGUGAAUGUUUAAUGGUGACGCAUCAUUUAUGGGGGUUUUCUUUGAAGCGGCGCACUUUUUCAUACUGGCAUAUUUCUCAUGGAGCUUUUGGCAGCCGUGUUUGUAGCACAUCGAGGGCUCAAGGUAAAGGGAAAGCACUUGAAUCCUUUCUUUUUCAUGCCCUGAGAAAUUUACUAAAUGUCAACCAUGCCAUUUACUAAAUUUGCACAACAGCCAAUUUUUCUUCGACAUAACUUAAGGGUAGAGAGUUAAAACACUGGUACAGCAUUUUACUUUUGUAUUGUAGUUUGUAAGGCUUUUCGGCAUUGGUAUUAUAACAAUUUGAAUCAUUUUAAGGCUUCCUGUUCAGUAAGUAAGUCAAAAGGUAAAAGAAUACAACAAUCCAGAUAGGCUUUAACCUUAUUUCAGGUUGGAGAAAAAUAUCUAAAGGCACUAUAGGGAGUUUUUAAGACGCUGUGAAGUUUCAUAUCGUAUUGUGACCCUGGUGACCCCUUUUCUAAAAGAGGUCACCAUUACUCAAGAAUAUCUCACCGAACACCUACAGUUUUGAGGUGUUCUUGCAAACACAUGCAUUUGUAAUGAACGUGAUCGAUUUUCUUUCAAAAAUCUUAUGCAAACAGAGGGGCGCUCAGAUGGCCGAGCAGGGUAGCACGCCCCACCUCGGGGACCACGGCCCCGUAGUGGUUGCAGCCUUGAGUCCGGCCCCGACCAUGUGCUGCAUAUCCUCCCCCCUCUCUCUCUAUCUCCCCAUACUUCUGACUUGUCCUAUCAAUAAAAGGCAAAAACUCGCAAAAAAAAAGAAAAGAAAAAAAAAACAACGGAAAGAUCAUGAACUGAUUUUAAGCGACAUAACAAAAGAAAUAAAAACAGUGCAAACUCUGAUUUGUUGCUGCUAAUCAGGUUACAAAUGGGUCCAGAUCUACCCGUUUAACAUCAUCUUUCACAGAACAAGUGUCAUAAUGUGUCCCGCUAAAUGUUCAAAUAACAUAAACGUGAACAUGGUUAAUUUCGUUUCAAAGAGCAGUGAGGCUUUCACAGCAAAGACCUUAAAUCCUCUUCAAAGUCAUUUCGCUCUUUCAUCUGGUGGUACAGGUUCUCCCUCUGAAACAAUACCUCAACAGGGCACAUAUACGUUUUUCUGCUAAUCCACGCUCAGUGUCAACCAUAGGUACGAAAAAUUAUGUAAAAAGAAAAUUAAAACAACUCCUCCUGUCUUUCAGCUUUGUUCUCUCUGCCAAAAUUUAAACAGAGCCACCUCCAGACGAGUGUUUAAUAGAUAUUAGUUUUUUGUAGGAAACCCAGUCUGAAAAUAGGCACAAAAAAUCAGUGCAAAGACUGAUCUUGUCAUUAAUAAUCUUGUUUUAUCAUGUAGGUCAUUAGUACAUGAGUGAAACUAUUUCAAAACAGUUAACAGCACUUCACACUGCUUUUGAAAACUCAUUGGCUAAUGUUGGUGUUCAACCACUUUGGAGGUUUUAGGAUGUUUUCCUACAUGAAGGCUUCUGUUGUGUUCAGAAAUGUGCAGUUUCUACUAGGGGUGGGCGGAAAAAUCGAUUUGCAUAAUAUCGCGAUUUUUUGUUUUACAAUUUAAAAAUUGAUUUAUAUGUUCAAAUCUAUUUUUAUAUAGAUGUAUUUAAGAAUAGAUCUUAAAACCUGACUUACAUUUGAUGUGUAUUUGUUGGGGAAAUAUGGUUCCUGGAAUAGUCAGUAGACAAUCAUAAUCAUUCAACUGUUUAACUGGUGUUAAAAAUAAAGACUAAAAAUCAAAAAAAUCGACGAUAUCAUAGAAUCGCAAUUUAAAUCGAAUCGGCAUCCAAAAAAAUCGUAGAAGAAUCAAAUUGGAAGAGAAGCAUAUCAUCCCAGCACUAGUUUCUAUGCAGAUGUGAAGCUCCUUCAAGUACCAGUGUCGUUGCCAUCUUGCCAGAUACAUACAUGGUGGUUGAGUUCAGCUUACAGCAGUAUAAUAUGGACUUAUGCUUGUGAGCGGUUCACCAUAACUUGUGCCACCCCCCCUGCUGGCAACUUGUUGUCAUAGAAUGCAGAGUCUUCUCCAAAACAAGCACUCAUCAAGCUGUAUUUACCUUACAGUAUAAUGCUGUUUUCUUUAAAUGCAUAAGUGUAACUAUAAAGUGAGAAAAGUUGUGCUACUGGCCAAGGGUAUGAGGAUAAUACCUUAGAUCUCAGCUGCUUGAAACCAUUAUAGCAUUUGUGCUCUCCACCCUGAACAUGAAAUCUGAGAAAAAUGGCUGCCAAUCUCAUGGUCAAUCUCAUUCCACUUAAAGCACUUGUAUCGCACAUGACCUUUGUGCAGCAAAGACAGCUUUAUUCAUUUUAAAAACACACACACUCACACACCAAUACUUGAUCAUACACAAGCAGCAAUGUGACACUCCUCGCCACAGCACUCAAUGACACACUUGACCAAGAAAUUCAUGCACCGUCUUUUUUUUCUGCUGUCAAUCACCGCUCCUCUUCCUUUACUUCCCCCUCCACUAUCACUCUGUGCUUCUUUGGUGAUCUCCGUGCGUGAGCUCUGUAUUAAUGAUUCAUGUUUUAAUUCUGCGCCGUCAAGGUCCAUGAGCUGCAUCAAUAACUCUGUGUCCUUGCCUCAGAUUGGCCUUACCGGCUCUUUCACUCACAUACUAAACCCCAUCGAGAGAGAAAAAAAGGACUUGCAUUACUGUCAGCGACUCAGAAACACCUCAGUAUUUGAAUUCACAUUCAAAGACCUGCUUUAAUAAGGCACAUAUUACCUCCAUUUGCACUUCUUUUUUUUUCAUUUUUUCCUGCGCUCUGUCAAUCCUCUCAUCUGUCAUUAUUUACCAGUGACACAGCGCCCAGCUACACUCGCUAUGAAGAUUUUGCUUUUGGAUCUGUAAGGUGUACAACAAACAGGUACCUUACUGAGAACGUCCUUGACUAAUGGAUUCAUCAUUCAGUCAGUAAGAAUGUAUAUGAGGAGUUUUUCGACUGAUCAUGCCUCAAAAUAGAAAUGAUUGAUACCUCAAGACCAUCAACAAUUUAUGUUUUGGUUUUCAAAGGCUGUCUGAAACAUUCACAGGACAAAAUCAACAAAAAUGUGAGAUAACACUUGAUACCAAAAUCAACGCAAACAGAAACCUUUCAGGCUGCACUUUCUGCUAAAGAAAAGGUGGAAUAUAUAAGGGCUUAUUUGUCUUAAACACAAACUUUGUAGAGUCAGAGUUAUUCCAGUUCCCCCUUUUUGUCACAUCCUGUAAUAAGAUGUUACCAAGUGUAUCAGGUGUAAUGAAGCCUGGUCAAACCUGAAAUCUGAGGGCAUUUUUUGCAAGGAUAUAGAAAAAAAAUCCAAUAAAAUCUAGAAAGAAAGGGACAUUUAGCAUUUUUAACUUUUUAAAUAUUUUUAAAAAAAUUAACCUGCUGUUAAAUCUGUCAUCAUUUGCAUUUUAAAUGAUGAAAAAUACUGAAUUGACCUAGAAUUUUAUCAUUAACAAAAGCUUUUUUUUCUUUUCUUAUUUUUCAUUUAUUUAAUUUUUUGUGGUCCUUAUUUUAAAUCGUUUUAAAGUUGAUAUAAGGUGAGCCUUACUCAAAUAAUUCCCUCCAUCUACUCCAAUAUUCUACUACACAGUGUCACUGAAUCUGGAGGUGAAGUGCUUGAUUUUAUUUCCAGGGGGCUGCACAAGUCAGGGUGUAAACGCACUCAAAGUUUUCCUCAUCUAAAAUGCAUUGUGGUCUUGACAGGUGCUUGGCUGAAGUGGGUUUUCAGAGGCUGACAUGUAUUUCUUUAUUCACUCUAUUCAUUCCUGCACCUUUUUCUCACCCAUUUUUAUUCUCACCGUCUGCCAUUCUGUGCUGUAGGGGGGUGAUGAGAGGUGUUAAUGCAAGUUGGGUGGAAGAUAUCGACUCUUUUUCUCCUGUCUCACUCCCUGUAAGCUCUCUCUCUCUCCCACGCUGGUGUUUUAAUGUGCUUUCUUUCUUUCACUUUUAUAUUUUUUUCCCUUUAACAUCUUUUCUGCUUUCACUUUUGAUCCAUUUCUCUUUUUGCCUGAUUCCCUGCCAGCACUUCUCUCUCCCUUUAUCUCUAUACUUUCCUUUAUAUUUACCCUCUCCUCCACCCACACGCGCUAUUUGUCUCUUUUGUACUUCCUCAGAUCCCGGUGCAGUGGUGGAGACUCACAGCGCAGUACCGUAUGCGGUGAUAGGUGGCGUUCUGGCACUGCUGGUGUUCACCGUCAUCUGCGUCCUCAUCGUUACCAUCUGGUGCUCUGUCCGACAGAAAGGUAACACACACACACACACGCUUACAAACACAGACACAAUGUCACACAAAAGUUUCUCUCACUAGCAGGGGGCACGCUCUGAAAAUGAGGAUAUUUUAUCACAUUUUUCACAGACGUGUUCUUUCAUUUCCCCGCUUUUUGGUGGAGCAUGCUGUGAAAAAAUAAUUGCAGGCCAGUUACACUUGGAUUCCUUGAAAGUAAUAUUUCAAACUGAGGUGUAAAAUUGUCAGCGUGAAGCAGACAGGAUGCGAUGCUCCUCUGCAGGAGGACGCUAUCUGUGAUGGACGACCUUGGCUGAGACAGCGGAAGAAAUAAGGUGGGGUGGGAAAUGUAGGUGUGGUCCCCAUGUUUUAUGACUAUAUGUUAGUGUAUCAAGGCUCAUCUAUUAAAAGCAGCCUCUUCGUGCUCCCUAUCUUUUUAAGUGCCCCCCAGUUGGCAGCCUUCGACUUUGCGCCACAGCUGCCAAGAACUGAUCUGGGAGCAGCAUAUAGCUGGGCAGCAACCAGCCAUUACUUAACCCCUUUGACUAUAGACAAGCCGUCAGUCAACAUUCAGUUUGGCUUGACUGCCAAUCAGUACAGAGACAGGACUAUUACAAGCAAACCAUGUUGAAACAGAGCCAUUAGAGGCUUUGUCUUCGGUCUGCUGUGACUGUCAGCAUGCCAGUCAGACUAUACGGCGAGAGAGAACGAGAGUGUCACUCACCCCCGGAGAGUGAAGGGACACUCAAGCAGGAAGAUGACUUAAGCACUUCUUGCUCCCUGUAACCCGCGCUGCACCGAAUCAUUAAUCAAACAGACCGGAGGGGUGUUAAAAUGUCUUUAAUGGCUUUCUGAGUGACGCAAAAGUGCCAUUGUUCUUUUGCACCUAACCUCCCCUCCACCCCCUUUUUCUGCCAAUUUCUCCUCCCUCCCUCCCUUGUCUUUUUCCUCUCUAUUAUCUCCUCCUCCUCUUUCUUCUGCCUCCUCUGUCCAUUCCACUACCUCUAAUUUCCGCCUGUAGGCUCGUACCGUACCCGAGAGCCUAUUCUUGCUUGGUAUUGACCUAACAAUCAGUUAACUAAUGAAUUAAUCAGUCACAGGUACAAUAAUAUGAAGCCUGAUCGGUUUGAUAAUGCUGCAUGGGCGCCGCAAUGAUCAUGACGCUUUGCCACCUAACCUUCCCCCUCCAAUGUCCCUCUCGCUCUCUCUCUCUUUCUCUCUCUCUCUCUCUCUCUCUCUCUUUCUUUCUCCAUCUUUCGUCAUACAGGUUCCUAUCUUACCCAUGAGGCCAGUGGGUUGGAUGAACACGGGGAGGUGCAGGAGGCCUUCCUCAACGGGAACGACGCCAGCCAGGGCAAGAAGGAGUACCUACUGUAGCCCUUCUCUUUCCCUUCCCCCACUACCCUGCCUCUCUCUUCUGACCUCAUCCCCUCUAUUUCUCCCUCUCCCUGUCUCCCACCUUAUAUACAGUAUACACACAAACACACACCAACACUUCUAUACAACGCGCCAUAGAAGGCGGCCUUCUGAAAACGACUGUAUACAGAUACCACACAGCCAAUACAUCCCACCAGUCCAUUUCACUUCAUGUCCUACACACACACACGCACACACGCACACACACCGAGACAGACUGAGAAAAAGAAAGCCUAUAGACCCACCAGCCAUUAACGACUGUGCCAUAUACACUGUUAGUCGGACAAACCGGGGAAAACAGAGAGGGAGACAGAGUGAGGAGGGAGGAGGAGAAGAGGCUGAGGUGAAUGCAGACACAAAAACCCCCCGAAAUGACGCCAUAAUUAUUUUGAUCGAGAGGAAAGCGAGGGAGCACAAAGAAAACAGGCACUCCGCCUGUGCAGCCGCCAAAGUGGAAGGGGAAUUAGAGGCAGAUGACUGCUAUAAUUCCACGCCUGGAGAAAACCAUCCAUUGCACAAAGCUCAAUCUUUAACUGGCGGAGGCAGAGGGAGCAGCAUGUGAGGGAAGAGAAGAGGGGAAGGGGGGGCUGAUGAGUUGACCAGGAGCUAUUGAGCGCUGGAUGCAAGAAAAUUGAAAUUUUUUAAAUUGCCGAAGCAUCUUUUCCAGCAGAGCUCGACUCGUAUUUAAUACUUUAACAACACAGGAGCGGGUUAGAACUCAGUCCAGAGGAGUAUUCAGACUUUUCGACAAACUAACCGCUCUGUUUUUUCAACCCCCUCUCCUCCUUCUGGUUAUUGGAGAAACAAGAUUUGUGUUUCUUUUCUCCUUCCAGCCUCUGAUGUGAAAGUUUGUACACCUAUCUUUUUAAUUGCCCCUCAAUCUCCUCCUCCCUCCCGGUUCACCUGUUACAUCCUCCCCCCUUAAACCUCUCUCCCUCUCUGUCUUUCCCCUCCCUCCCUCUCUCUAUCGCUCCUCCUUUGUUGGCUCCUAAUAAUGAAAGGAUUAGUGUUGGGCUGCGUUCCUGACAACGAAGAAAUGAAUAUGACUUGCCAAGGCAUUAAAGAAAAGCUUAAUUAUUUUAGAAUGUCAUUAAGAGGAUCAAAAGGUUUUAAAAGUCUUCAUAAGAAGGGCAAGAGGAGCGAUAGCAAAGAAAAAACAGAGUGAGUGAGAGAAGCAGACGGAUGGAUAUUUUUUUCUGAAUGCUACCACACAUAUGCAGAUACAUGCACACAUUCAUACGAACAGUACACACGUCCACAGAACAAGUAUACAUAUCUCUGAAGUCCUUAUUUGUAUAAAAAAUGAACAGCAACAUAAAUUAAAGGAAACUUUUAAGAAAUAUGAAACCAGUUUACUAUUGAAACGCGUUAUGAAACAAAUAUACUAACACAGAAUAUUAGCCUAUAGAGGCGCAAAGCCGAACAAACUACUGUCCAGUGAUCUUUAAAGAAAAAUGAAGAAAAGAAUAAAAAAAAUCAUUUGUCUUUAUGAAAAACCAGAGGUCUUAUUGAUUUUUUAUUAAUUAUUAUUAUUAUUUGAACAAUUAUGAUUGUUGUUAAUGUUAUUAUUAUUAUUAUUGCCGUUGUUAUUAUUAAAAUUGUAAAUGUUAAAGAAAUGUACACUUCCCAUGGUUUGUUUUUGGUUCGACUGUAGAGAAAUUGCUGUCUUUUUUCACUCUUACCUUUCCUCUCUUUUCCUCUCUCUCUCUUUCGCUUUCUCUCUUCGUCUCCUGUGCCUAGUCGUCUCUUCUCCUGUCUUUCACUCUUGUUUAUUUUAGAGUCCAUGUGUCAUUGUUGAUAUAUAGCUAACUAUUUCUUUAUAGGGGAAAGAUACAAAGCACGACAAAAUAAAAAAGAAUCCAAAAAUAA